GGGAAAGGUGUUUCCACGUCUUCGAUCGAGUUGUAGUGCUAGUCUGUUUCGCGCGCGCCCUCCAGCGAGAUCAUUCGGGUUCCGCGCUGCUCCAUUAUAGAAGUCUUUUUUUUCCUGCUAGAACUAGGUGCGGGUACAUGAAAAUGUGCUCUAAAUACGUGUGUUUUACUGGCAGUUGAAGUACCUGUGGCUUGAGGACCGUUUGUAUCGGUGACUUGUUGCUGCUGCUUCUGCUUUUGCUGAUGUUCUACCAGCAGCACGGGUGAAGCCAACAACGGCGGAGACUUCAACGCUUGUCUGGUGGUGCCGCAGAUUGUGGGAUGUCGCUGUCGGUUAUGGAUAAAUGUUAAAAGUGAGCCAUUUGGCGGCUGUGGCAAGUUUUUUUUUCCUGCGAAAAUGUGAAAUGUCAAACGAAGUCAGCAAAAAGUGGCAAAACGUGUCAGGUUUUUUUUGUCAAGUGGAUGAUUGCCGACCGGUCGGUCCGUGGUUGACGAGGAGUGAAACAGCGAGACGAAAUAGUGGAAAGUUUGGCCUUUGCUAAUUAGUGUUGAAGCAGAUUCUUAUGGUGGCAAAAUCUGAAAUUUGCAUGGAGAUUUUGUGCGAAAAAUCACUGAUAAAGAAGAAUGGAAGUGAAUCACAGUGGAAAUUAAAUCUCCGGAAAGUGUGCUGAAACUGGUGGAUUUGAACUGAGAUUUUGUGCUGUUUGAAAAUAUUCAAAAAGAAAUACCUGCUACUAAAGUGCAUGGAAGUGAACAGUGAUGUGCGUUGCAGUGGAACAAUUUCCGAAAACGACAAUAUUGCAAAAUUGUGCCCUAUGUUGGAUGGUGAUCAACGAGGUUCUGGGUCCCUUAGGACGAGUCCUCAAAAGCAAGCAAAAAUGAAAAUAUUUUUGCCAUUAGUGGUGUGGAUCGUGCUGUUUUUUCGGACGGCGAGUGCCCAGUACUCGGCGUCCCGGAAAAACGUCGGCAUAUUCGGACUAAAGCACGAGGUGUUUUUUCUGAACCUCGAGGAUGGCUACUUCGGCUGCCAAGUCAACGAGUCAACAGACUACCUGCAGCUGUACGAGCUGUCCAAACUGUGUGAUGGCAAAUCGGACUGCUACAUGGGCUCCGAUGAGCUUAGAAAUAAGUUAAAAUGUACAAAUGAUUGUGAUAAAGAUGGCACGGCCUGCUCCAACGGAGCGUGCCUAGAAGGCCAAUGCCAUUGCAAUGAUGGCUUUGGAGGUUGCAAUUGUCAAGUUCCAGACGAAAACGAGUGUAAAUAUCGACCCUGUGACGUUUUCGCGCACUGUACAAAUACUUUAGGUAGCUUUACUUGCACGUGCUUCCCUGGCUAUCGGGGCGACGGAUUCCAUUGCGAGGAUAUUGACGAAUGUCAAGAUCCCGCGAUAUCCGCUCGAUGCGUCGAGAACGCAGAAUGCUGCAACUUACCAGCACAUUUUGUGUGUAAAUGUAGGCCAGGUUUCGAGGGCGAUGGAGAGGAACGAUGCGCAGACAUCAAUGAGUGCCUCGAUCCUCAGGCCUGCGGGGUGAAUGCCGAGUGUGUCAACUAUCCCGGCAAUUACACGUGUCUGUGUAAGGAUGGCUUCGUCGGUGAUCCGUACAACGGGUGCGGAGAUAUCGACGAAUGCGCCCAGCCAGGCGUUUGCGGACCCGGUGCCAUAUGUACGAACCUUGAGGGCAGUCAUCGCUGCGACUGUCCUGCUGGGUUCGAUGGAGACGCACGCUCGGCCCAAGGUUGCGCCGAUUUCGACGAAUGCACACGCUCGCCAUGCGGAAGAAAUGCUCUGUGUCGAAACGAAGUCGGAAGUUUUCGAUGCGAGUGUUCCGAAGGUUUUCACGGUGAUCCAAUGACGGACUGUCAAGAUAUUGACGAAUGUUCGAAUAAUCCAUGUGCUGAGGGUGCCAAAUGUACCAAUACGGCUGGUGGCUUCCGGUGUAGCUGCCCGGCGGGAAUGACCGAAUCGGGCAGCGAAUGCGUCGACAUUAACGAGUGUGCUAGGUCUAACGCUUGCGGGGAAAAUGCCAAAUGCAUCAACUUUCCCGGCUCAUACAAAUGCUUGUGCCCGCAGGGCUUCCAAGGACGGGGAGAACUUUUUUGCAAAAAUGUAAACGAAUGCCUAGAUAAUCCCUGCGGGGAAAAUGCGAUGUGCACGGAUACGGUUGGUAGCUUUGUUUGCUCAUGUAAGCCAGAAUACACAGGAGAUCCAUUUCGAGGAUGUGUCGAUAUCGACGAAUGUACGGCGUACGAUAAGCCGUGCGGCAAUCAUGCGGUAUGUGAGAAUGCUGCUCCCGGAUAUAACUGUUUGUGUCCCCAGGGGUACGUGGGGAAACCGGAUGCGAAAAUUGCUUGUGAACAGGCCGAUGUUAACAUACUGUGUACCAGCAACUUUGACUGCACUAACAACGCCGAAUGUAUCGAGGGGCAGUGCUUUUGCCAGGAUGGGUUCGAGCCUCAGGGAUCAAGCUGCAUCGACAUUGAUGAAUGUCGCAUGGACAGCAAGGUUUGUGGACCAUCUGCGAUGUGUAUCAACACUCCCGGAUCUUUCAAAUGUCAAUGCGAAGCCGGUUUUAUCGGAACACCGCCAAGAAUCCAAUGCAAGACACCCUGCGCUGAUGUCAAAUGUGGGAAGAAUGCCUACUGUAAGGCUGAAGGACAGGAAGCUUUUUGCAUUUGCGAAGAAGGUUGGACAUUCAAUCCUGCUGACAUUUCCGCAGGUUGCGUUGAUAUCAAUGAGUGUGAUCCUUCGCAAGGACCUAGUGGAAGGUGUGGCGUAAAUGCGAUCUGUUCGAAUCAACCCGGUAGCUUUAGUUGCCAAUGUCCCACGGGAUUUACCGGUGACGCGAAUCGACAAUGCUACGAUAUAGACGAAUGCUUAAGGCCUAACGCUUGUGGUGAAAAUGCCAUCUGUAAAAACCUAGAGGGAACCCACCAAUGUUCCUGUCCGACAGGUUCCAUUGCUGAUCCUGACCCUAGUGUAAGAUGUAUUACCAUUGUAACAUGUACCAAAGAUCACGACUGUCCAGGUAACGCAAUUUGCGAUGCCCAGAAACGAUGUCUCUGUCCAGAACCAAAUAUUGGAAAUGAUUGCCGGCAUCCGUGUGAAAACACUGCCUGCGGACCUAACUCGCACUGUAUGUUAGUUAACGGAGAAGCCCAAUGUUUGUGCAGUGAAGGAUUCACUGGUCAUCCCGGGCAGUGCGUCGAUAUUAACGAAUGUUCUGGUAAUCCAUGUCCAAGCGGUGCAAUCUGCUCAAAUCUGCCCGGUGGUUACACAUGCCAGUGUCCAGGUGGAAGCUCAGGUGAUCCGUACUCUGGAGGUUGCUCAAAAUCUGCUCUGCACACAUGUAGCGAACAAAAUCCUUGUCCCAACGGAGAAAAAUGCAUCCAAGAUGUAUACAGUGGAAACAGUGUAUGUAUUUGUGGGCAAGGUUAUAAACGAAAUUCAAAAGGCACCUGUAGAGACAUCAAUGAAUGUAAAGAUCCCAAUAAACCGGCAUGUGGUAUUAAUGCCAUUUGUAAAAAUCUACCGGGAAGCUACGAAUGUCAAUGUCCUCCAGGAUUCAAUGGGAAUCCAUUUCUUUCGUGCGAAGAAUGCAAUAGAUUGGAAUGCAAGUGCCCUGCUCCCUACAAAUUUGUUGACGGGAAUUGCGUCCUGGACAGCUGCUCUCCCGACGGAAAAUGUCCUGGUGGUGCUGAAUGUAUCUCGAUUACGGGAGGAGUAAGUUAUUGUGCUUGCCCGAAAGGUUUUCGAACACAAGCGAAUGGAAAAUGUGAAGACAUUGACGAGUGUUCCGAAGGUCGACAGGUGUGUGGUUACGAUGCAAUCUGUAUGAACACUAUUGGAGGGUACGAAUGCAAAUGUCCGCUAGGAUUCUCCGGAGAGCCUUACCACGGGUUGUGCGCACUAGCUCAGAAACGCUGUACUGCUGAUCGCGAAUGCGGAGCUAACGAAAAGUGCGUUCAACCAGGCGAGUGUGUGUGUCCUCCACCCUUCUACAUGGAUGCUUACGAUUCCAACAAAUGCAAAAGCCCGUGCGAAAGAUUCCCUUGCGGAAUUAACGCGCGCUGUACACCAACAGACCCACCGCAGUGUAUGUGCGAGAUCGGUUAUAAAGGCGAUCCACUGACCGGUUGCGUAGACGAGGAUGAGUGCGCUAAUACACCGUGUGCCUAUGGAGCACAGUGUGUUAAUCAGAAGGGUGGAUACAAAUGUGUCUGCCCGAAGGGGAUGGUCGGAGAUGCAUACAAAGGUGGCUGCAUACUGGAAGAAGGCUCAAUUAGAAGUCAGUGUCGACGGAAUGAAGACUGUGCAGACACUUUAGCUUGCGAACGGGGAACAUGUGUUAGCCCCUGUAGUAGUUUGCUGUGUGGUACCAACGCCUACUGCGAGCCAGAUAAACAUGCCGCUUGGUGUCGUUGUAGAGUGGGAUUCGUCGAAGGUCGUAACGGAGAUUGUGUGUCACAAUGCACCGGAUAUAUGUGCGGCCAAGGCGCCAUUUGUAUUGUCACGAACAGUGGACCGACCUGUAAAUGUCCACCAGGAGAAUUGGGCAAUCCAUUCCCAGGUGGUUCAUGUGUUACCGAUCAAUGCUCCGGGAAUCGCCCCUGUACAGAGCCACAGGUUUGUAUCAGCGGACGUUGUAAACACAAAUGCGAUGGCGUCGUUUGCGGCAUUGGCGCUACCUGCGACAGUGCUACAGGAAAGUGUAUAUGCGAACCAUUCUUUGUUGGUAAUCCGGAAAUGCUGUGUAUGCCACCUAUCACCACACCAGAAUGUGAACCAGACUGUGGACAGAAUGCGCACUGCGAAUACGGAGUAGUUCAAAAUACUUGCCAAUGCAAUCCAGGAACUAGUGGUAAUCCGUACGGAAUUUGUGAAACUAAGCAGAAGAACAGUUGCAGUCGAUCGACUUGUGGGAAAAAUGCUGAGUGCCGCGAAACGCUGAGCUCUGUCGAGUGUAUAUGCCCGAAUGGUUUCUUUGGUAAUCCCUAUGUGCAGUGUCAAGACAUUGAUGAGUGCUCAACGAGCAACGUGUGUGGUGAAGGUGCCGUAUGUAUCAACACAGCUGGAAGCUUCGAUUGCCGCUGUAAGCCAGGUCACGCAGGAAAUCCAUUCACAAUGUGCUCUCCUAUCGAGAAAAGCAUCUGCGAUAAUCCGAGACGCUGCCAGUGUGGGAAGAAAGUUCAGUGUCCUCCGGGAUAUACAUGCGAUCGAGGGCUUUGCAAAGACCUAUGCGCAAAUGUCAACUGCGGACCUAGAGCUGCCUGCGACUCGGGAAGGUGCGUUUGUCCACCUGGGUACAGCGGAAAUCCCAAAGAUCUUCGCAGUGGAUGCGUUCAGGAAGGUCAAUGUGAUAAUGACGCAAAUUGUAAGGACAAGGAAAUAUGCUUUCAAUUCGGAAAGGGAGUACGAAAAUGUGUUGAUGCUUGCAGCAAGCUACAGUGUGGACCAAAUGCCCUGUGCGUAUCCAAUGAUCACCGAUCUACCUGUAUUUGCGCCAAUAGCUAUAGCGGCAAUCCUGGUGAUCUGAUGCUAGGGUGCCAAAAAGAAGCCAAGAUUGUGGAGCAGUGCAAAGAUGAUACGGCAUGCAGCGUAGGAAAAAUAUGUGCCCUUACAGAGACUGGAUUACGAUCGUGUGUCAGUCCGUGCAAUGUUGUCGAGUGCGGUGUUAACGAGGUUUGCAAACCUGACAAGCAUAACAAUCCUAUCUGCCAUUGUCAGGAUGGAUUUCUGUGGAACCCAGCAAUGUCUGUUUGCGAGAAACCAUCGAUUCCAGAUUGUACCAACGAUGAAGACUGUCACCAGGUAGCAGCCUGUCGACAGGAUGUUUUGGGAAUUCUUAAGUGCACACCGGUAUGCGCAGAGUUUACAUGUCCAGCGAAUUCCGUUUGUGUUUCUUCGAAUCACCGAGGAAGCUGUCAAUGUCUACCUGGUUAUACCGGCAAUCCCAACGACAGAAAUGGCUGUCGUCCAGAGUUACAGGAUAAAUGUCUUACGAGUGCAGAAUGCUCCGAGUCUGAUGCCUGCGUAACAUAUAAAGGAGCACUGGCAUGCCGACCGGCUUGUGAAAAUAUACAGUGCGGUCCUCAUGCCAUCUGCAUCAGUAAUAACCAUAACGCUCAAUGCCAAUGUCCACCCGGGUCUUACGCAGGUGAUCCAUAUGAUUUAACAAAAGGAUGUCAAUCCGUACCCUGCGUGUACAACAACGAUUGUCCGCCAACGCAAAUGUGCAACCGAAUUACUCACACCUGCUAUGAUAUCUGCCAAGAAGAUACUUGUGGAACCAAUUCAGUGUGCAUAGCUGAGAAUCAUCGCUCUAUCUGCCAAUGUCCACCCGGUUACAAAGCGAAUCCAAUCGCCGAAGUGGAGUGUGCACCUUUGAGAUCCUGUGAGCCAAAUCCAUGCCAUCCAUCAGCUAUUUGUGAGGCAGGACCGGAUGGUCAUAGCUGCAAAUGUCCUCUGGGUCAAGUAGGAGAUCCUAUGACCGGUUGUCGACCCGAAGGUGCCUGUCCAAAUGGAGACCUACAGUGUCCUGAAAGCUCAGCCUGUGUCAAUGGCAAGUGUGUCGAUAUUUGCGCGAAUGCAUGUGGCAUCAAUUCGAAGUGUACCGUAGUAAAUAGAACACCAGUAUGCGAAUGUCGAGCGAAGUACGUCCCAGGGGUGACGGGAAUAGCACGGGAUGGAUGUGUCCGACAGGUUAGCAAGUGCAUCAAUGAUCUGGACUGCGGUGGAGAUGUCUGUCAGAAUGGCCAGUGCAUGGUGGCAUGCCGCAAUUCGAAAGACUGCUCGGAAGGAGAACGUUGUGUAAACAGUGUGUGUACACAGCCUUGUUCUAGCCACAGCCAGUGUAGCGAUGGACAGGCUUGCAUCGGCGGAGGUUGCCUUAUUGGCUGUAGAAGCAAUAAAGAUUGUAGUAGUUCUAAGGCAUGUAUCGGUAAUAAAUGUAGCGAUCCCUGCGACUCUGAAGGAACUUGUGGACCAAACGCAAUUUGUAAUUGCGUUGAUCAUAUACCGAGCUGCAAAUGUCCUCCUGGAUUCGAAGGAAACCCGAUUCCGGAACAAGGAUGUGUUCGGAUGCCUUCUUCCUGUACCAACACAGCUGAAUGUGCCCCCAGCCACAUGUGCAUAGCAAAUCAGUGUAGUCUACCGUGCUCGGAAACAACGGCGUGUGCCGUUGGGGAAAGAUGUCACAAUAGUGUAUGUGCCAAGGUUUGCUACACUAACAACAAUUGCCUUCCAGGAGAAGUGUGUAAUGAGGCUGGAACCUGUCAACCAGGCUGCAGCACAGAUGCCGACUGUCCGUCCCAAAAAGCGUGUUUGGCAAGCAAGUGUAAGUGUAUGAAAGGUUUCAUUGGCACUCCAUUUGGCUGUUCUGAUAUCGAUGAGUGUACGGAUAAUCCGUGUCAUUCAACGGCUAUCUGUGAGAACAUUCCUGGAUCUUAUCGGUGUGCAUGCCCUGCAGGAACAGUCGGAGACGCUUAUUCUAAUCCAGGCUGUCGACUGCCGAAUCAAUGCUACAAAAACACUGACUGUGCAGAGAACUUGGCUUGCGAUGAAGGAAAAUGCAGAGAUCCUUGUCAGUUGACAAAGUGUGGAUUAAAUGCGGAAUGUCACACUCUCGAUCAUAUAGCGGAGUGUCAAUGUCCGCCAGGACAUCUGGGAGAUGCUCGUGAUACAACAGUUGGUUGUUUCCGAGUCGAAUGUUUAACAAACGAUGAUUGCGGCCAGGAUAGACACUGUUUGAAGGAAACCAAUAAAUGUGUCAACCCAUGCGACCUUGUUGACUGUGGUAAGGGAGCCUGCCGUAUUGAAAACCACGAAACCAUUUGUUCCUGCUUCCAAGGAUACGAUGUAGUUGGUGGACGUUGCGAAGAUAUAGACGAAUGCAAAACCAACCCAUGUCAUGAGAGCGCUCGAUGUCAGAAUUCGCCGGGGACCUACACAUGCUCGUGUCCGGAUGGUUUAGUCGGCGAUCCUAUCAAUACUGGAUGCCGAAGUCCAGAUGAAUGUAUCACAAACUCGGACUGCCCAACUUCCGCAGUGUGUGAAGAAUCACGUUGCAAAAAUCCCUGCACCAUCAAAAACGCCUGCGGAGAAAAUGCUAUUUGUAGUGCUGUAGGACACGCAGCUGUUUGCGAGUGUGCAUCAAAUACUCGCGGUGAUCCAAAAGUCAAGUGUCGUAAAAUCGAAUGUACAGAAAGCAACGACUGCUCUGCUAGUCAAACUUGUAUCAACUACAAAUGUGUCGAUCCAUGCUCGCUGAAAAAUGCGUGCGGCCAAAGUGCAAACUGCGUAUCGGAAAACCAUCUAGCAGUCUGCUCGUGUCAACCAGGAACAACGGGAAAUCCCCUACUUGGGUGUGUACCGCUGCAAUACUGUAACAGCGAUCAGCAAUGUCCGGCAGGAACGAAAUGUAACGCAGGUGUUUGUUGUGCUCUGUGUUCAAGUAAUCGAGACUGUAUUAGUGAUCAACUGUGCAUUCAAGGUGUAUGUCAGCCAACCUGUCAAACCAACUCCAGCUGCCCCGAUUUUCAGUUUUGUCAGAACAAUAUUUGUACCCAGGAAUUCAAGUGUCGUUCAGACGACGACUGUGACCCGGAUGAAACAUGUAUCGUAGAUUCAACAGGUCGCUCAGAAUGUAUUAACGCUUGCUCAGGACGAGUGCUGUGUGGAAGGAACGCCGAGUGCUCGGCCAGAGAUCAUUCAGCAGUAUGCGGAUGUAAAGCAGGGUUUUAUCAGGAUACCAGCGGGACUUGUCGGAAAAUUGAAUGCCAAACAGACGACGAUUGUUCCGGUGAUAAAACCUGUGAGAGUCACACGUGUAAGAUUGCUUGCCUGAUCGGUGAACCCUGUGGAUCCAACGCUCUUUGUUCAGCAGAAAACCACAAACAGGUCUGCUACUGUCAGCCAGGAUUUACCGGAGACCCAAAAGCGGGCUGCACUUUGGUUGAUUUCUGCAAAGAGUCUCCUUGUGGACCCAACGCGAAAUGUCGAAACAGUCGCGGAUCUUAUCGAUGUGCUUGUCCUGCUGGCUUGAUAGGUGAUCCCUACAGUAGUGGGUGUAAGAAGGCGGCCGAAUGUGAAACGAACUCCGACUGUCCAGAUGUUGCGAUUUGUGAUAAGUCAAACGUUGAACCGAAAUGUAGGGACGUGUGCGCGACUGUUAGUUGCGGUCCGAAUGCAGAAUGUCAAUCGAGGAGUCACAAUGCGGUCUGCCAGUGUCGUAGCGGAUAUGAAGGUGAUCCUGACGAUCUCCUCAACGGAUGCAGACCAUUAAGUCUACCUUGCAAGUUGAAUAGCGAUUGUCCAGAAAAUUCGUACUGUUAUGGACACAUCUGCAAACCGGCUUGCUCAGGCACCGAAGAGUGCAAUCAGGAUGAAGUCUGCUCCCGAGGUCAAUGCAUUAAUCCCUGCCAUGAACCGAACGCUUGCGGAAUGAAUGCACAUUGUCUUAUGGCAGGACAUUAUAAGCAAUGCUCCUGUCCUCCCGGGUUUACUGGAGAUUCAGCACUGGAGUGUGUGAGAAUUCCAACCCUAUGCGCUUCUAGUGCUGAUUGCGUUGAAGGUACAGCUUGUCAUGAAUCGAUGUGUUUGCCACGAUGCGGAACUGACCAGGAGUGCGCUUUGAAUGAGAAGUGUAUUGGAAAUAAGUGCAUGCUUACUUGCCGGCUAGAUAACGACUGUUUCCUUGGACACAUCUGUCUAAACGGUCGCUGCGUCUACGGGUGUCACUCGGAUGAUGAUUGUAGUGCCAGUGAAACAUGCCGAGAAAAUCACUGCACUGAUCCAUGCCGCGAUAACCCCUGUGGACCUAAUGCCGCUUGCACCGUUGUGAAUCAUCGUGCUAGCUGUUCUUGUAUCAGCGGAAUGGUUCCAAGUCCAACUGCAAAAAUUGGAUGCAUCCGUGCGCCCGCGCUUCAGUGCACGGCAAACAGAGAUUGUACCGAUGGAACGCAAUGUAUCGAGAAUCUUUGCCGACCGGUUUGUGCAAACGAUCAAGGUUGCUUGAACAAUGAACGAUGCGAUCGUGGAACCUGUAAACCGAUUUGUAGACGAGAUGACGACUGUCGAUCGGGAGAGGUCUGUCAAGGACAAACUUGCAUGGUCGGAUGUCGAUCUGAUUCUGGUUGUCCUGCCCACCUAGCUUGCGUUAACCAACAAUGCGUAAAUCCUUGCCUCGAACCAACGGCUUGUGGAACAAAUGCACAGUGCGCAGUAGUCAACCAUAGAAAACAAUGCUCUUGUCCUUCUCCGCUCACCGGAGAUCCCCUGACUGGAUGUCGUUCUGAACAACGAUCUUGUCAAGCAAGAACUGACUGCCCAAAGGGAUAUGCUUGCUAUGGAAACUCAUGUAUGUCAACCUGCCGCAAUGAUCAAAACUGCCUGACCGAUGAGCGAUGUAUUCGUGGUACCUGUAGAACGGUGUGCAACAGCGAUGCCUCUUGCUCAGAUGGAUUGAUCUGUGAGAACAGAAUCUGCCAAGCUGGAUGCCGAACUGAUAACAACUGCCCUAACAACCAAGCAUGCGUCAACAAACAGUGCACAGAUCCUUGUACGGUACUCGGUCAAUGUGGUACCUGUUCGGAAUGUACCGUAGUUAAUCAUGGAGUUCAGUGCAGUUGUCCCAAUGGGUAUCUCGGAAAUCCACUAGUUUCUUGUGCGCCACCUCCUCAGAAAUGUAAUUCCUAUUGCUACUGUGACGAAGAAGGUGUGUUCUGUGCUGACAAAUGCCGACAAGCGAAGGACUGUUCGUGUGGACAAACCUGUUACCGAGGAAGGUGUCGCACCAAGUGUAAUCCAGGAGCCUGUCCCGCAGGACAACUGUGUCAAAAUGGAGCUUGUGUAGCAGGUUGCCGAUCGAAUGCAGAUUGUGCAGCUGAGCGAUCAUGCGUGAAUAAGAAAUGCGUCGAUCCGUGUGCUGGAGGUAAAGCCUGUGGUAAAAAUGCAAUGUGCCAGGCAGCUGAUCAUCAAGCCUUCUGCUUGUGCCCCGAUGGAUAUCAAGGCGACCCGCGCGAAGGAUGCGUACAAUACGAAUGCCAAACGAACGAAGACUGCGAACUGGAUAAGAAGUGUGUUGUUGGAAAGUGUACCAAUCCUUGUCUGGAGCCUGACGCUUGCGGUUUGAACGCGCAAUGCCGUGUCGUAAACCGCCAGGCGCAAUGUUCGUGUACUCCCGGAUUUUUCGGAAACGCCCGACAAGAAUGUCAACCACUGCAAAAAGAUAGUUGCUCGCAGAACCCUUGCGGAGAGAACACAAUUUGCCGAGAGGACGCCAACGGAUACGAAUGUUCCUGCCAACCGGACUGCAUGGGAGACCCCCGACAGGGUUGCUUGUGUCAAGGCAAGCAAACAAACAAAUGUCACAAAUUUCCAUGCGGUAAGAAUGCGGUCUGCCGAGUUACAGCCCACGACCAGCCGGAGUGCUACUGCCCUCCACUCUAUUCGGGAGGCGACCCGUACACCGAAUGUACUAACGAACGAACUGUCACCGACUGUCGAACUACGGGAUGCACAGAAGGUGAAUGUGUACGUGACGGCACGAAGUUCAUCUGCCGUAAUGACGAGUCCUGCGCAAACGAUAUGCAAUGUCCCAAUGAAAAGGCGUGCAUUGGAGGGAAGUGUUCCGAUCCUUGCUCACUACGGGGUGCCUGCGGGGAUAACGCACUGUGCCAGACGAUUUUCCAUAGGCCCCAAUGUUCAUGUCCUAGCUGUUACGUGGGUAGACCUAAUGCGGAGUGCAAGCCCGAUCCAAAAUGCCAUGAAGUAAACACACAAAAACCAAGCGAUCCCAAAAUAGUAUCGAUAGCGUGCGAAAGGGACAACGACUGUGAUGAGUCACUACGAUGUGACGCAAGUGGGCAGUGCAGUGAUCCGUGCACUAUUCCGACCGCAUUCGUAUGCGAUCCGAAUAAGAAAUGCAUCUCACGGAAGCAUCGGCCCGUUUGCGUUUGCAAGCAUGGCUUCAUCGUUAAUGACUAUGGUGAGCUGAUUUGUGCUCCGGAGAAACGCGAAUGCCACGGCGAUGAUGGAUGCGCCUCUAGUAUGGCUUGUAUUGAUGGCAAGUGCGUCAACCCUUGUAUGCCCAGCGCCAACCGAGGUCCAGCUUGCCCAGACGACAAAGCAUGCCUGGUGAUGGAUCACAAACCCACCUGUAUCUGUAUGAAGGAUUGCAGUCCUUCUCUCUCGAUAUGCCUGCGAGACAGUGGCUGUCCACCAAACCUCGCCUGUCGUAACUAUCAGUGUGUCAAUCCUUGCGAGACCACUUCGUGUGCUGACGACACACCGUGCUUUGUCGAGAAUCAUAGACCGAUUUGUAAAUUCUGCCCACCCGGAUUCGUGAAAGAUGCCCAUCAAGGAUGUUUGAAAGCUACAAAAGUAAAAGAUGAUGAACAAGAAGUACAUAGGGAUCAGCAACACGAGACGGCGCCCGGCACCUGUUCGACACACUCCGACUGCGACGAACAGUUGCAGUGUUUAGCGGGCCGUUGUCUUGAUCCGUGUAGGUCUGGUUGUGGUCAAUCGGCAUUAUGCACUGUUAAGGCACACGUUCCAAUCUGCACCUGUCCUCCCCAGCACUACGGUAAUCCCAACCGAAAGUGCAUUCCAACUGUUCCUACCACCACCGCUGACGACAAGGAGGGGCAAGUCGACACGGGUGCGACGACAACUCCGGGAAUCGAAAUAUCGAUAACCACCGAUGAGCAUGGAUUCUACGAUGGUGAUAAUAUAGACCGAUCGGAUGUGUUCAGUACAUUCGAGAUAGAAAUGGACACGGAAAGUACACGUGAAUCUUUGUCAAGUAGCACAACAGCUACAAUCGAUGUGUCUACCAAGAGCCAUCUUGAUGUUACUGAAGCCGAAUUGCAGCCUACGACUACGAAGACUUAUAUUAAAAUACCCAUAGAUGAUCACGAAUUUAUAACUGAAAAGCUACCAAAAGUAUCAACAAUACCCGAUGACAAUUUACUGCUCGUUACACAAGUAGAAACUACUACAGCAAGUUUUGCGAAUACUACAGUGCUCAACUCUCAGACGACUGAAAACCUAACGCUAACUCAAACGACUACUGCUAUCGCAUCUACGGAAACUUAUCCUACUACAACAGCAAGCACUAGCAGCAAACCUACGGAUACUACUGGAGAACUUGAAGCAAACAGUACCCUUAAACCAACGUCGACUAUUGGCACUACAGAAGAGAUAACAACAAUAUUGUCUCGCGAGCAAGAGUACACAACCAUUCGAGAGCAAAUCACAUCAGAGGAAAUAGGAACACCUACUUCCCAAGAGAGUCACACUCUGCCAACAACUUCUCAUCCUGAUACGAGUUCGGCAGCAUCUGUUUCUGUUACCGGAGCCACAGCAUCUAGCAAACUGACAACGGAUGAGCAGACAACUUCAAUCUUUGAGACAACUACAAAUGUAGAAUCUUUAUCGCAUUCCUACACGGAAAGACCAAUGACAACCUCCAUCCGCACAACCGGAAAUACCUCACCAACUGUCAUGAUGGUUGAAUCUAUUUCAGAAGGCUCGACACAAGCUUCGAUUGAUCUGUUAACAACAACUGUAGUUUCCGAUCCGUUGUUCAAUCAAACAGAAUCGUACAUAAUUGAUAAGAACCAAUCCGUCACCACGAUUAUAUCAGAAUUUCUUACAACAAUUCCAACGAGCUCUGUCGUAACUUUUUCCGAUAAGGAAACAACCUCGCUCCCAUCGACAACGGCUUCAACCACAACUCGCAAAACCCCGGACAUACUCGCAAAACAAGACCGUAAAACUACAGAACUGGAAACAGAAAUACCCCCUAUAAUGUUAACUCGUCCGUCAACUCUCCCGGAUGUGCUUAUUAACCGCAGUACGACCGAGAGCUACAACGAGUUUAUGUACGAUCGCGAGGGAAUGGUUAGACCUAUCAAGAAACCCAACGAUACGACCACCAUUAAACCGAGCAAAGAGCAUAAGGGAACCGAAACGGGAGUUUACUACAUCGAUGAUACAACCACUAUCUCAUCCCGCACGGUUGAUGAGCAAACCGAGCACGAUAGAAGCAUUCCUCUAUCGACUAGCACGUAUGAAAGUGACGAUGACGAGGGUGAUGAUUACGAAGAUGGUAGCGGGAGAGAAGAUAUCACCCAACAACCGAAUGAUACCACUCACAAAGCUACGGAAAUGGUUAUCAGCUCUACACUAGCAGGUAUAGAAAUUGAAACUACAGCUGAUCGAAAAGAUUCUAUGGUAACUGUAGUUACUUCGACAGAAAGCUCUUCUACUGUAGAAGGCUCAACAAUUAGCGAUCGGUCCAUGGUCAGUUCUAUACUAUCGGAUUCGGAAACUGAAACUAUAGAUAGGAUAUCUGAAAGCAUUACAACAGAGAGGUCUACUCCUGUAGAAGGCUCAACAAUUAACGAUCAGUCCAUUGUUAGUUCUACACUAUCGGAUUUGGAAACUGAGACCACAGAUGAUCGGAAAAAUGCUAGGGUAACUAAAAUUACUACAACAGAGAGUUCUUCUACCAUUGAAGACUUCCCAAUUAGCGAUUCGCCUAUCGUCAGCAUUAUACUACCGGACAUGGAAAAAGAGACCACGGCUGAUCGAAAAGAUGCUAGAGUAACUGUAAUUACUACAACGAAAAGCUCUUCUACUGUAGAAAGCUCAACACUAUCAGAUUCGGAAACAGAGACCACAGUUGGUUCGAAAAAUAUUAAGCUAACUGAAAGCACUACAAUAGAGAGCACUUCUACUGUAGAAGCCUCAACAGUUGGCGAUCAGUCUUUCGUUAGCUCUACACUACCAGGCACGGAACCCACAGUUGAUCGAAAAAAUCCUACAACAGAGAGCUACAGCUACGAUAUUACUACAACAGAGAGCUCCGUUGAAGGUUCAACAGCUGACGAUCGGCCAUCGUCCACGAUUAUUAAUACUGAUACUUCCCUAGUCGACAAGACUACAUCAACAGGCACCGAAAGUACCAUGAGAAGUCACCCCGAAUCUACCCCUAGUAGCGAUUUAACAACGCUUGACUACACAACGCUCGACGCUGACAAAGUCAUCACCUAUAUCUUCGACACAGCAACGACUAUGAAAACUCUCGGUUCAAUUCAAAAAUGCAUAUCAGACAACCAGUGUCAGUACAACGAAACCUGUGUCGACUACGCCUGUGCCGAUCCUUGCCAGUUAAGCAAUCUCUGUCCUGAAAACAUUCCCUGCCUUACCGUGAACCACGAGCCCAAGUGCAUUUGCAAUAAAGCUGAUCCGGUUGAUUCAGCAAAUUGUAUUGAAGAAUCAGAGAUUGGAUGUAGACACAACGACGAGUGCCCCGCAGAACGAUCGUGCAUCAACGGAGUCUGCAUCAAUCCAUGCCACGACGGGAAUCCUUGCGAGUCUGGCCAGGAAUGUGAAGUGCAAAACCGUGAACCGGUGUGCAUCAAACUAUGUCAAUGCCAAAAGACGAGCGAUUGCCCCUCCGGUUUGCAGUGCGAUGGAUGCAACUGUAUCGACCGGGACAACGUGGGCCGAGAUCCUGGGUGUGAACACUGUCCGCCAGGUAUUCCGUGCAAUCCCAUCACCGGUGCCUGCAUCAACGAUUAUACUACCACGUCAGCGUUACCCGAUGUACAUAGCACACACACAGAAUAUAUACCACACACAAGCGAGCAAAUAACAACUAACUAUGUAACCAAAUUGCCAAUAACAACAACUGGCCAGUACGAAAUGUCUUCGCCCCCGAGAACUAGCGAAUUCUCUCACACUUCGUUGCCUACCGUAGCAGAAAGCAUCGAUGCUACGACAACCGUACCGUUACAGUCGAGCUCUGACUCCACAGUUAACACUCAAAGCUCGGUCAAACUUUCCACAGAAAUCCAACCUAUUACCGUGACUUAUAACGACUCAGACGAAAAGGUUCUUACAACUACAGGCGUCUACUAUUCCGAAGUAAUAACCACUGCUACCGGUGACCUUGACGAACUUACACGUGUUACAGUGACUCCGACGACUAACUCUGUGACUACAGAUAUAAGCAGUACUACUGCAGGUCGAUCCACACUGGAUUCAAUCGUAACAACAGUCAGGGAUAUGAUUUCAGAUUUCACCAGCUCUAGUCUACCUAAGGAAACUCUGACUACAGAGAUUGAAACUAUAGUUACCACAACCGAAGGUGACAUUGCCCCAAUCAGUACAAGCGGGAUUCCAGAUGCGCUGUUCAAAUCAACUACUAAAGAGAGUUUUGCAACUGGUGUUAAUGAAUACACAACUACAAUGCCAAAUGAGACAAGUAUUACCAUGAGUAGUAUCGGGGACGUUCCGUCAUUUCCCGCAAGUCAAACAACAAACGAGGAAGAAUAUAGCACUGUAGCAUCAACGGAGAAAUCAUCUACAUUAAUUUAUAGUACAGAUGAAUCUAUAACAACCAUCGAGCAUAGCACAAGAGAGUCAACAAUCAACAAAGACGAUAUUUUUGACACGUCACCCACAACUGAAACUAAGAUCAAGGAAUUGGUAACAACCUCGGUAGAUGUUACUGAAACAUCAACGGCGUUAGAAAAAGAAUUAACCACGAAACACACUACGGGAGAAGCGACAACUGAAUCAACGUACGAAAAACAACCUCCCACAAUGUUCUCAACAGGAGCAAAAGAAAGUACUGGUCAUCCAACUACAGAUACCGUACAGUUUACUACAACCCACCGACUACCCUUCAGCGAGGAAUAUGAGGUCGUCUCGGCGACAUCCAAGGAUAACGAUUCCUCUUUAACUGUGACAACAGAAUCUACUGUUCACAAUGCAUCGACGAUACUAUUUUACAAUACAACGGGAGCGAUCACUACAGGAUCAAUUGUUAGUGAAUCCACUACUACAAAAAAUUUCACAUCGGGCGAAGAAGAACUAUACACAAGCACAACGACUUUUUCUGAAUCUAGUACUUCACAAGAAAUUAGCACAACCAUCAGGAAAGACACAACAGAGCACACUGAUCACACCACUCACAGAUCGUUAUCUAGUGAGGAAAAGGAAACAACAACAAUGUCGUCUUUGGACACUGAAUCAUUCACAACAAGUUCUAGUAUGACAUACAGCUCUACUAGCGAUGCGACUACUGGCGUAGUGACUGAUUUCAACGUCCAAGAAGAUAGCAUGACUACUUCAACACAAAGACACAGACACAGUACGGCAACUGGUAUGACGGAUGAUCUGUCUACAUUUGCUGUGGAAUACACAUCCAUACCAAGUAUAAUAACUGACAGUUCUAUGAUGGAUACGAAAUCGUCAGUUACCGUUCAAUCAACCACCGGCGAAGUAACUACUUCAUCCGAAGAAGCAAAAUCGACUGAAAACACUACUGUGCACGAUACAGCGGAAGAGAUCAGUACAGUCACCAACGAAUAUAUAAGUACUACUGCAUCCACAAAAACCGACAAACCUACCUCCAGCGGCGUCAGUAAAGAUCUCACACCAAUAGAAGUUGAUACGGUUACUCAUUUCACGGAACUUGAUAUUGAAACAUCGACUCAGCUCGAUUUUACUGCUAAAAGUACAGUUUCCACCCAAGAUGAAGAGACGCAAUCAGCAUUAAAAACAACUAGUCACCCAGAAUCAUCUACAACAUCUCAAUACAUACCGAGCACACUUCAAAAGUCCACUGAAACAACACUUGCACAAGAAACUAUGAGUGGUAGAUACUACGACCGAAGCACGCCUACAGUGAACGAACCAGAAACGAUAACCGCUGUACCUGAAUCGCAAGUAACAGGUCAUCAUAGCACAGAUAGUCCUGUUCAAACAACACUCGAAAGCAUCAGUUCUACGACCGACCAAGAUGUGUUCGCGAAAACUACCGCCACAGAACCUCAAGUUACGGAAAAUAUCACAGCAAGUGAUCGAUCCCACGAAGGGUCUACAAAGCAUUCAAUGAUUAAGGCCACCACUGAACCGGUUGUGACGACCAUCAUCGGUAUACCAGCUACUGCAAGACAACAGACAGAAUUUAAUGCCCGUUUUACUACUGAAUCGACAGUCUUCCCAGAAACUACUUCGGAGAUCGUCACUAGAAUGCCGCCGGAUGAAGAAACUACCAUUCAAUUGAAUGCUAAGUAUGGUCGCGUAACUGCAGUCCCACCUAGUGAGCUUAGUACAGAAACGACAACUGAACAAAAGUCAGCUCCCGAGAUAUCAACAACAACCACGGGAAACUAUGACUACAGUUUUUCUAUUGAGCCCGUGGGAACAACCAUUGCCGCCGAUAGCGAUACAUCGUACGCUAGUUCUUUUUCUUCUUCUGAGGAAUCUACUCUGCCGCGAACUACCCCAUACUCUACACUUGUGGACACAACUACACGACUAACCACAGGUGCCGUAACAGAGAAAACGCUAUCCACAAUUUCAAUGGAACAAGCUGCCACGAUAACUGGUUCUGAUCAACACCAAUUCACUACUCAGCAUUCAACUUUGAAGGGUAGCGAGUUGGACAAAAUUACAACAAUGUUUGAAAAGAUGGCUACAACAACUUCACCAGAUGCUGCUAUCACAGAAUCCUCCACUAAAGACACUGAUGCUGAUCAGAAACAAGAAACUACUCAACAAACAACUACUCAGCAUUCAGCAUCGACGAGGACUGAGUUAGACAAUCUUACAACAAUGUUUGAAGUGAUGACUCCAUCCCGGACGACUUCGAAGGAAGUUAAAACGACAUUUGAAGAGAUGACUACAUCCCGGACAACGCCUUCAGAUUCAUCUAAAGAAACUCCAACUACAUUUGAGGAGACGACUACCUCGUGGACAACGUCCUCAAUUACUUCCGAAGUUCCAGAAACCAUAACUUCUACCUCUGAUCAGGUCACUACUCAGUACUCAAUUUCGAUGGAAACAGAGCUAUACAAAUCUACAACAAUAUCGGAAGAAACGACUCCAUCGCAGACAACGUCACCAACCACGUCCACGGAAACUCAAACUACAUUUGAAUUAAUGAGUCCAUCACGGCAAACGCCUUCCACUACUUCCAAGGAAGCUGGAACUACAUUUGAAGAGAUGACUACUUCGUGGACGACGUCCUUGAUUACUUCCAAGGAUGCAGAAAAAAUAACCACUUCUACCGAAACAGCGAAAUCUGAUCAAGCACCUACUCAGUCUUCAUCUUCGAAGGAUACCGAGCUGUAUAAAUCUACAAUAGCUUUCGAAGAAACGACUCCAUCGCGGACAAUGUCUCCAACCACAUCCAAGGAAGCUAAAACGACAUUUGAAGAGCUGAAUACCUCCCGGACAACGCCUUCAGACACAUCCAAAGAAACUCCAACUACGUUUGAGGAGACGACUACUUCGUGGAUAACGUCCUCAAUUACUUCCAAAGUUCCAGAAACCAUAACCAUUUCUACAGUAAUAGCUACCUCUGAUCAGGUCACUACUCAGUAUUCAACUUCGAUUGAAACAGAGCUAUACAAAACUACAACAUCGGAAGAAACGACUCCAUCGCAGACAACGUCACCAACCACGUCCACGGAUACUCAAACUACAUUUGAAGUAAUGAGUCCAUCACGGAAAACGCCUUCCACUACUUCCAAGGAAGCUGGAACUACAUUUGAAGAGAUGACUACUUCGUGGACGACGUCCUCGAUUACUUCCAAGGAUGCAGAAAAACUAACCACUUCUACAGAAACAGCGGAAUCUGUUCUUCAGACAACUACUCAGUCUUCAAUUUCGAAGGAUAACGAAUUGUACAAAUCUACAACAACAACAUCGGAAGAAACGACUCCAUCGUGGACAACGUCUUCAACUACUUCCAAGGAAGUUGAAACUACUUCGUGGACAACGUCCUGGCCGACUUCCAAGGAUGCAGAAAAAAAUACCACUUCUACGGAAACAGUUGAAUCUGAUCCGGCAACAACUCAGCCUUUAACUUCAAUAUCGGAAGAUACGACUCCAUCGCGGACAACGCCUUCCACUACUUCCAAGGAAACUGAAGUUACAUUUGAUAAGAUGACUACUUCGUGGACAACGUCCUCAAUUACUUCCAAGUAUGCAGGAAAAACAACCACUUCUACAGAAACAGCUGAAUCUGAUCAGGUAACUACUCAGCCUUCAUUUUCGAAGGAUACCAAGCUGUACAAAUCUACAAUAACAUUCGAAGAAACGACUCCAUCGCGGACAAUGUCUCCAACCACGUCCGAAAAAACUCCAUCUGAAGCAAAUACUCCACCCCGGAAAACGCCUGCAACAACUACCACGGAAACUGAAACUACAUUUGAACAGAUGACUACUUCGUUAACAACGUCCUCAAUUACUUCCAAGGAUGCAGAAAAAAUAAUUACUUCUACAGAAACAGCUGAAUCCGAUCAGACAACUACACAGCAUUCAACUUCGAAGGACACUGAGCUGUACAAAUCUACAACAACAUUCGAAGAAAUGACUCCAUCGCGAACAAUGUCUCCAACCACAUCCAAGGAAGCUGAAACUACAUUUGAAGAGAUGACUACUUCAUGGACAACGUCCUCGAUUGCAUCCAAGGAUGCAGAAAAAAUGACCACUUCUACAGAAACAGCUGAAUCUGAUCAGUUAACUACUCUACCUUCAACUUCAACAAUGUUCGAAGAAACGACUCCAUCGCCGAUAACGUCUUCAACUUCUUCUAAGGAAACUGAAACUACAUUUGAAGAAAUGACUACUUCGUGGACAACGUCCUCGAUUACUUCCAGGGAUGCCGAAAAAAUAAUCACUUCUACUGAAACAAUUGAAUCUGAUCAUAUAACUACGCAGCGUUCAACUUUGAAGGAUACCGAGCUGUACAAAUCCACAACAAUAUUCGAAGAAACAACUCCAUCGCGGACAACGUAUCCAACCUCGUCCAAGGAAGCUGAAACUGCAUUUGAAGAGAUGGAUACUGCGUGGACGAAGCCCGCAACCACUUCCAAAGAUGCAGAAACCGUUACUCAGCCUUCAACUUUGAAGGAUACCGAGCUAUACAAAUCUACAACAACAUCGGAAGAAACAACUUCAUUGCGGACAGCGUCUCCAACCACGUCAAAGGAAGUUGAAACUACAUUUGAAGAGAUGACUACUUCAUGGACUACGUCCUCGAUUGCAUCCAAGGAUGCAGAAAAAAUAACCACUUCUUCAGAAACAGCUGAAUCUGAUCAAGCAACUACUCAGCCUUCAUUUUCGAAGAAUACCAAGCUGUACAAAUCUACAAUAACAUUCGAUGAAACGACUCCAUCGCGGACAAUGUCUCCAACCAAGUCCGAAGAAACUGAAACUACAUUUGAAGUAAUGAUUCCAUCCCGGAAAACGCCUUCAACAACUUCCACGGAAACUGAAACUACAUUUGAAAAGAUGACUACUUCGUUGACAACGUCCUCAAAUACUUCCAAGGAUGCAGAAAAAAUAAUUACUUCUACAGAAACAGCUGAAUCUGAUCAGACAACUACACAGCAUUCAACUUCGAAGGACACCGAGCUGUACAAAUCUACAACAACAUUCGAAGAAAUGACUCCAUCGCUAACAACGUCUCCAACCACAUCCAAGGAAGCUGAAACUACAUUUGAAGAGAUGACUACUUCGUUGACAACGUCCUCAACUACUUCCAAGGAUGCAGAAAAAAUAAUUACUUCUACAGAAACAGCUGAAUCUGAUCAGACAACUACACAGCAUUCAACUUCGAAGGACACCGAGCUGUACAAAUCUACAACAACAUUCGAAGAAAUGACUCCAUCGCGGACAACGUCUCCAACCACAUCCAAGGAAGCUGAAACUACAUUUGAAGAGAUGGCUACUUCGUGGACAACGCCCUCGAUUACUUCCAAGGAUGCAGAAACCACUACUCAGCCUUCAAGUUCGAAGGAUACCGAAUUAUACAAAUUUACAACAACUUCGGAAGAAACAACUUCAUUGCGGACAACGUCUCCAACCACGUCAAUGGGAGGUGAAACUACAUUUGGAGAGAUGACUACUUCGUGGACAACGUCCUCUAUUUCAUCCAAGGAUGCAGAAAAAAUGACCACUUCUACAGAAACUGCUGAAUCUGAUCAGGCAACUACUCAGCCUUCAUUUUCAAAGGAUACCAAGCUGUACAAAUCUACAAUAACAUUCGAAGAAACGACUCCAUCGCGGACAACGUCUCCAACCACGUCCGAAGAAACUCAAACUACGUUUGAAGCAAAUACUCCACCCCAGAAAACUUCUGCAACAACUACCACGGAAACUGAAACUACAUUUGAAGAGAUGACUACUUCGUUGACAACGUCCUCCAUUACUUCCAAGGAUGCAGAAAAAAUAAUUACUUCUACAGAAACAGCUGAAUCUGAUCAGACAACUACACAGCAUUCAACUUCGAAGGACACUGAGCUGUACAAAUCUACAACAAUAUUCGAAGACAUGACUCCAUCGCGAACAACAUCUCCAACCACAUCCAAGGAAGCUGAAACUACAUUUGAAGAGAUGACUACUUCGUGGACAACGUCCUCGAUUGCAUCCAAGGAUGCAGAAAAAAUGACCACUUCUACAGAAACAGCUGAAUCUGAUCAGUUAACGACUCUACCUUCAACUUCGAAGGAUACCGAGUUCUACAAAUCUACAACAAUGUUCGAAGAAACGACUCCAUCGCUGAUAACGUCUUCAACUUCUUCUAAGGAAACUGAAACUAUAUUUGAAGAGAUGACUACUUCGUGGACAAUGUCCUCGAUUGCAUCCAAGGAUGCAGAAAAAAUGACCACUUCUACAGAAACAGCUGAAUCUGAUCAGUUAACUACUCUACCUUCAACUUCGAAGGAUACCGAGUUCUACAAAUCUACAACAAUGUUUGAAGAAACGACUCCAUCGCUGAUAACGUCUUCAACUUCUUCUAAGGAAACUGAAACUACAUUUGAAGAGAUGACUACUUCGUGGGCAACGUCCUCGAUUACUUCCAGGGAUGCCGAAAAAAUAACCACUUCUACAGAAACAACUGAAUCUGAUCAGAUAACUACGCAGCGUUCAACUUUGAAGGAUACCGAGCUGUACAAAUCUACAACAAUAUUCGAAGAAACAACUCCAUCGCGGACAACGUACCCAAGCUCGUCCAAGGAAGCUGAAACUGCAUUUGAAGAGAUGGAUACUGCGUGGACAAAACCCUCAAUCACUUCCAAAGAUGCAGAAACCGUUACUCAGCCUUCAAGUUUGAAGGACAUCGAGGUAUACAAAUCUACGACAACAUUGGAAGUAACAACUUCAUUGCGAGCAACGUCUCCAACCACGCUAAAGGAAGUUGAAACGACAUUUGAAGAGAUGACUACUUCGUGGACAACGUCCUCGAUUCCAUCCAAGGAUGCGGAAGACAUAGCCACUGUUUCUGUUGAAACAGCUACUCAGUCUUCAACUUCGAAAGAUACCGAGCUGUCUACAAUAUUCGAAAAAACGACUCCAUCGCGGACAACGCCUCCAACCACGUCCAAGGAAGCUGAAACUACAGUUGAAGAAAUGACUACUUCGUGGACAACGACCUCAAUUAGUUCCAAAUAUGCAGAAAAGUCAACCACUUCAACAGAAACAGCUGAAUCUGAUCAGGCCACUACUCUGCAUUCAACUUCGAAGGAUACCGAGCUAUACAAAUCUACAAUAACAUCGGAAGAAACGACUCCAUCGCUGACAACGUCUCCAACCACGUCCAAGGAAGCUGCAAGACUCAUAACAACUACUACAGAAACAGCUGACCCUGAUCAGUUCACACCUCAGCGUUCAACUCUGAAGGAUACCGAGCUGUACAAACCCACAACAAUAGUCAAAGAAACGACUCAAUCGGGGACAACUUCUUCAAUCACUUCCAAAGAUGCUGCAACUGCAACCACUGAUUCCGAUCAGCAACAAUUCACUACUGAGCGUUCAACUUCUAAUCAAACGACUACAUCGAUACAAGACAGCACAUCAUCCCAAACAAUAACUGAAGCCACUUACACCUUCAAAGAAAAUGAAUUGGAAGAGACUAUAUUGCCUGAAAGCACCACUACUAUGUCAAGCCGAACUUCAACAACAACUGCUCCUAAAACUACUCAGAGUUUCAAAUCUGAGAUGACCGAUGUCGAUCGUACUACUCGUACUUCAGAUGAGUUCACAGGAUCAGACACUGCUACUACAACUCCUCGAACAGACCAGUUUUCAAAGUCGGAGGAAGCUGAAGCCCCAACCUCUGAGCCAACUGAACAUUCUGAACACCAAGAAACCACUCCGUAUCAAAGUACUGCUAUGGAAUCAACACAACCAUCCGAAAAAGUUGCUACACGGGAAAGCAUGACUACAAUGUCAUCGCAUGAACUUGGCAUAAGUACAUCAGUUGACCAGGAGUACAGUGCACCUGAAACGACAAUUAUGUCUACAACCAUACGAUCUACUCAGCAUGCCGUCUCUAAUUUUCCAGCACUUGAAGAUAGCUCAACAGUAAUAACAACGACGUCUACAUCUACAGAACAAACGGAGAGUUCAUCCGCCCAAAUCGCUAGAGACGAGGAAACGACAACAUUAACAAGUCAUUCAGAUACGACCAUUCCUUUAUUGGAAGUGUUGCAUACCACUGCAAACAUCGUCACCUUGAUAGACAGUGGAAAUCUUCUGACGAGUACGCAUGGAGUAUUGCCGAAUACGACAACUCCAGCAGCUAUUACUGUCAUCAAGACAACUGAUUCAUUGGGAAUAACAGCGAAUGACAGAAUCGACACAACAACCGUUAACAUAACGAGUAAGAAGACUACAGUUAAAGAACGAGGAUCGAAAAUACCAAAGCCUAUUGACAAUACGUCGGCAUCUCCCAAAACGGUAGUAACCACGGAAAAAGAAACAGAACAUUCCUCUACCCCACAUUUAACAACUACCACAGCCGGGUUCGUAACUACUACAAGAAGUUAUUCGACUGAUAGUUUACCAACGACCGCGGAUUACGUUAACCAGAAAGUGACAGAGACUUCACAGUAUUUCACCACAACUGAACCGUAUAACAGGUCAGAUUACGAAGAAACUGUUUCCACAUCUGAGCCUGUUACGCAGUUUCCAACAAAAGAAACAACAACAAUUGACCUGACUAGUACAAGAUUAAUAGCCACAAGUUCGGAAAAUGCGCCGGAUUCAUCAACUGCGUUGACAAACUUAGACUUUGACGACCUAGAGACUACCGUCGACAUGACGUCUCAGAGGAUUGAAGACAUUUCUACUGUACCAAGUACCCUGGAUGAAUUGUCCACUGUACCGUAUUUGAAUGGUGAUGCGACAACUCUCCCUACGCCGAUCAAAAUAUGCCGAACCUCUUCCGACUGUGGAAUAUCCGAAAUAUGCAAACAAACACACUGUAUACAAAUCUGUACAGAAAACCUACCUCCCAAUACACUCUGCGCAAAAGAAUCGCCCGGCACACCUAAAAAACCAGAACCGUGCCAAUCAAAUGAGGACUGUAUCGAAACGGAGGUUUGCUAUAGGGAGAUGUGCGAGGAUCCCUGCCUUUUUGAUGGGGUAUGCGCACCAACGGCAACGUGCCACGCCAAAAUGCACCGUCCAAUCUGUGCCUGUCCGACAGGACACGAGGGUAACCCGAUGAUCAAGUGUACCCCAGUCAAAUCAAUUCAAUGCACCUCCAACGAUGAAUGUCCUUUGCUGGAAGCCUGUGUCGGUAACGUAUGCCAGCGACCCUGUGAUGUUAAAAACCCGUGUGCACCUAAUGCGGUAUGCAUUAACCGGAACCACGGUUCCGAGUGCAGUUGCAUCGAAGGCUAUCACGGAAACGGUUUUGUGUCUUGUCACCCAGUGACUACGCCAGGUUCCGUGUGUCAGUAUAACGAGGAUUGUCCUCCAGAUAAGUUGUGUGACCGAUUGAACCGAGUUUGUAUCAACCCUUGUCAGGAAGACUCUUGUGGUGAUAAUGCCGAAUGUUUUCCACGAAACCACGGAAUAGAAUGUCGAUGUAGUAACGGCUUUUCCGGAAAUGCAUAUAUUGAAUGUGUCCAGCUCCACGGAUGUCGUUCUGACAGUGAAUGUAGCACUUCGGAAGCUUGUAUCAAUGGUCAGUGUGCGUCUCCUUGCCAGUGUGGACCAUACGCUCUUUGUGACGUUCGCAACCAUAAACCACAAUGCCGGUGUCCUCCAGGCUACAAAGGUGACGGACGUCUAGGAUGUAGUCCACCGACUAACCCUUGUGACCCGAAUCCAUGUGGACUUAAUGCCAUGUGCGAAAUCGAUGCUGGUAGCCCGAUUUGCUUCUGUCCGAAAGGGUUAACUGGCAACCCGUUUAAGAAUUGCAUUCCCGAGGGAGAUGACUGCACACCGAACCCAUGUGGACCAAAUAGCGGUUGUCGAAAGAUCAACGAUCAAGCUGCCUGCUUUUGUUUACCAGAAUUCGAAGGAAGCCCACCGGAAGUACCAUGUAAAUUACCUCAAAAUCCAUGCGAUCCAUCACCGUGUGGACCGAACACGCAGUGUGCUAUUCUUAGCAAUGGAUAUGCAAAAUGCACCUGUCUUAGCGGAUACAUCGAAAGUCCUAACACUAUUCGCGGUUGCAUUGAACCGAAAAAUCCAUGUGAUCCAAAUCCUUGCGGUUUUGGAGCCAUAUGCGACUCAUCGCGAAAUCCAGUUUGCUACUGUUCGGAAGGAAUGGUCGGAAAUCCAUUCCGAAGCUGCGUUGAGCCUUUGGUUACCCCAGAACUAUGCAAACCCGGUCCAUGUGGAAGAAAUGCCGAUUGUUAUAUCGCUGAAGGCAGGGAGCAAUGUUACUGCCGUUCAGGAUACGUUGGUGACGCAUAUGUUGGUUGCGUUGAGCAGCCUCGUUCUAUUUGUGAGCCGAAUCCAUGCGGACCGGGUGCGGAGUGUUUAGUGCUUCCCGAUGGGACACCGGCUUGUAGAUGUCCACCAGGACAUAGCGGAGAUCCAACUACCGCAGAAGGAUGCCGUGGCUUUGAGUGUCGUGUGGAUGACGAAUGUGCUGCCGACAAAGCAUGCAUCGGGUUUCAGUGUUUAGACCCCUGUCCGGGUGCAUGUGGAAGUGGAGCGUACUGCAAAGUAGAAAAACACCACCCCGUCUGUUUCUGUAGUGCCGGACUAACGGGUAAUCCAGCGAUUCGUUGUUAUUCAAUGGAUGAACCAGUUCCUGAAAACCCCUGCAAAAAUAAUCCUUGUGGAGUUAAUACUCAAUGCACGGUACGGAACAGAAGACCAGUCUGCAAGUGCUUACCCAACUAUAGGGGAGAUCCCAAGAAAGGUUGUAGAGCAGAGUGUGAAUUGAACUCCGACUGUCCCUCGGACAAGGCUUGCGUUAACCGUCGUUGUACUCCACCAUGCAACGGAGCCGUGUGUGGUGUGAAUGCAGAAUGUCAUGUUGAGUAUCACACACCUAUGUGUAAAUGUCCUAAUGGUUUCACAGGAGACUCCUUCGUGCACUGCGUGCCAAUACCAGAAGACAGAAAUAUGACACGGCAACCCUGCGAAUCCUCACCUUGUGGUCCUCAAGGAGUCUGUUCUGUAUAUGGUGAUGGUGUGGCCCUCUGUGACCCAUGUUCGGCACCUAAUGCAAUCCACAACCCACGCUGUAGACCGCAGUGCGUACUAAACACCGACUGUCCAUUUAAUCUCGCUUGUCUGCAAGGAAAGUGUCAAGAUCCAUGUCCUGGAUCUUGUGGAUACAACGCACAGUGUAUAGUAGAACAACACCGUCCAGUAUGUUCGUGUCUUCCGGGAUUGUACGGUAACCCCUAUGAACGCUGUAUUCAACAAGACACACCUCUGGAAACAUGCGAUACAAUCCGAUGUGGUGCCAACACCGAAUGUAAGAGGAUGGGAGGUGUAUUGGCAUGUGUUUGUAGAAAGAAUUAUUACGGAGAUCCACUAGUCGGAUGCAGACCAGAAUGUGUUAUUAAUACAGAUUGUCCGGUAAGCAAAGCAUGCUUGAAUAACCGAUGCCAAGAUCCGUGUGUUGGGGUGUGUGGUGUACGUGCACUCUGCAAAGUUGUGAAUCAUCUGCCUGUAUGUCACUGUCCACCAACACACACAGGAGACGCUCUAAUAGCGUGCACCGAAAAAACAUAUCUACCUCCAGACGAAACGCCAUGUGAUCCGAAUCCUUGUGGCCCUAACAGUAAAUGUUUGUCAACUCCUGACAACUAUGCUGUAUGCUCAUGUUUACCAGGCUUCCGAGGAAUGCCACCAGCCUGCCAAGCUGAAUGUACGAUCAACGCUGAAUGUCCGCAGAACAAGGCUUGCAUCAAUCUGAAAUGUAUUGAUCCAUGUCCAGGAACAUGCGGUGUCGGAGCAAGAUGUGAAGUAUUGAAUCAUAAUCCAAUUUGCAGCUGUGGACCGAACCAGCAAGGUGAUCCAUUUGUUAUUUGUGAGUCUAGACAGAAUGAGCCUGAACCGGAACCAAAGAACCCUUGUGACCCAUCGCCAUGUGGUCAGAAUGCAAUUUGUCAGGUCAAACGGAACCGUCCAGUGUGUUCGUGUCAACCUAACUUUAUUGGAAGUCCGCCAUAUUGCCGACCAGAAUGUGUACUGAGUACUGAGUGUCCCCAGGACAAAGCUUGUAUUAACGAGAAAUGUCAAAAUCCGUGUGCAAAUGCGUGCGGAGUAAACGCUGAUUGUCAUGUGGUUUCUCACUCGGCAUACUGCAACUGUCGUCCAGGGUAUGAGGGAGAUGCAUUCAUCGGUUGCUCUGAGGUUCCGAAAGUAACUCCACAGAAAGAUGUUUGUUACCCAAGUCCGUGUGCUGAUAAUGCAGUGUGUAGUGAGGUAAAUGGUGCAGCCAAAUGUACCUGUAUUGCUCCGUAUCUGGGUGAUCCGUACAAUACUGGUUGCAGACCAGAAUGCGUUCUUCAUUCUGAUUGCCCUAGUCAUCUGGCAUGUGUGAAUCAACAUUGCCGCGAUCCUUGUCCAGGAAAAUGUGGAUCAAAUGCCGAAUGUACCGUUGCCAAUCAUAUUCCAGUUUGUGAAUGUCUCAGAGGGUUUAUUGGAGAUGCGUUCCGCGGAUGUCGUAAAGAUGUACCCAUAGCACCUAAGGAUCCAUGUGCGCAAUGCCCGUCCAAUAGUGUAUGCCGAAUCGUGCAAGGACGCCCAACCUGCUCGUGUCCAGAAGGUUACCGUGGAGCACCUCCGGCGUGCAGACCGGAAUGCUCAAGUAAUGAAGAGUGUCGCCACGACCAGAGUUGCAUAAAUCUUAAGUGUAAAGAUCCAUGUCCCGGAUUGUGUGGAACCAACGCACAGUGCCAGGUCAUUAACCACAAACCCUUCUGUAGUUGUCUACGGGAUUACUACGGUAAUCCAUUUGAACAGUGUAUGCCGAAACCGAAAGAACCGGAAGAUCCGUGUCGACCGAGUCCUUGCGGACCGAACUCCGAGUGCCGCGAAUUAAAUCAACGUGCGGUCUGCUCCUGCGUGCCAGGUAUGCUAGGAACUCCUCCGAACUGCCGACCAGAGUGUGAAACUCAUCAAGACUGCCCAGCGAACCGAGCGUGUUUCGGUCAGAAGUGUAAGGAUCCUUGUGUUGGAUCUUGCGGUUUUAAUGCACAGUGUAUUGCUCGUGACCAUCGGCCAGAGUGCUACUGUAUGGAAGGAUAUGAAGGUGAUCCAUAUAAUGGGUGCAACCCGAUCGUCCGAGAUGAGAUCAUAAACCCUUGCAAUCCGUCGCCAUGUGGAUCAAACGCUAUUUGUAAAGAACGUAAUGGUGCUGGUUCGUGUAGUUGCAUGCAAAACUAUUUCGGAGAUCCUUAUGUCAGCUGUAGACCAGAGUGCAUUCAAAAUUCCGACUGUCCGUACGAUAAAUCAUGUUUCAACACAAAAUGUGUCGAUCCGUGUAUUGGUACUUGCGGUUUGAACGCUGAGUGUCGUGUACAUAAUCACUCUCCUUUAUGCACGUGUGUAUCUGGAUAUGUGGGAAAUCCUUCACAGGCCUGCCAUCCCGUGGUUUUAGAAAGUAAGCUCUAUCCUAUUGUGUGUACCCUAUGCGUGUUUCUAACUCUUCCUGUAUUCCUCUAUGUAUUAGAACCUAAAGAAGAACCUAUCAAUCCUUGUGUGCCAUCACCUUGCGGUCCAUAUAGCAUUUGUCGGGUGGUUAAUAACCACGCUGUUUGCACAUGUCAAAGCAAUUGCAUCGGAGCACCACCGAACUGUAGACCGGAAUGCAUGCUCAAUUCCGAAUGCUCCAGGGACAAAUCAUGUGUUAACCAACGAUGCAUCGACCCAUGUCCAGGAACAUGUGGUAUCAACGCACGAUGCCGGACUGUUAACCACAAUCCAAUCUGUAGCUGUAAUCCUGGAUUCAUUGGUGAUGCGUUUGUGCGCUGUACUCCCGAGCCGAAACAACCUAUCCUGCAAGAGGAACCCAGAAAUCCUUGUCAACCAUCUCCCUGUGGUUCAAACGCAAUAUGUCGAGUUCAGUCUAAUCGCGCUGUCUGUUCAUGUGUGGCCAAUUACAUCGGACGACCACCGAACUGUCGACCGGAGUGUGUUGUAAACUCUGAAUGUCCGAUGAGUUUGGCUUGCGUGAACGAAAAAUGUACCGAUCCCUGUCGUGGGUCAUGCGGACCAAAUGCCGAAUGUAGAGUUGUAUCACACAGACCCAUGUGCACCUGUUAUCCCGAUUACACGGGUGAUCCCUUCUCCGGUUGCAAUAGAAUACAAAUUUAUCACGAACAACCCAUGCCUUGCACGCCUAGUCCAUGUGGUGUAAAUGCCAUUUGUAGAGAACAAAAUGGAGCUGGAUCUUGUUCUUGCCUUCCGGAAUAUUUUGGUGAUCCUUACGUGGGUUGCCGGCCAGAAUGUGUCAUGAAUAGUGAUUGUCAGAGGACGCGAGCUUGCAUCAAUAGUAAAUGUGUAGAUCCAUGCCCUGGUACUUGCGGUUCCAAUGCGGAGUGUCACGUAGUUAAUCAUUCACCCACGUGCACUUGCAUUGCUGGUUUCAUUGGGAAUCCAUUUACUUCAUGUACGCCAAAACCCCAAAUUCAAGAGGAACCUAUCAACCCAUGCCAACCAUCUCCGUGUGGUCCAAACAGCCACUGUCGGGUUAUCAACAAUCAUGCCGUUUGCUCUUGUAGUCCGAAUUUCAUCGGAACUCCACCAAGCUGCCGACCGGAAUGUGUCGUUAGUUCCGAAUGUCCCCUGGACAAGGCUUGCUUAAGACAGAAAUGUAAAGACCCUUGUCCAGGCACAUGCGGAAUUAACGCACGAUGCCAAGUGGUCAACCACAACCCAAUCUGCAGUUGCAAUAACAAAUUCACGGGUGAUCCUUUCGUACGAUGUGUCCCUGAAGAACAACCAAGACCGAUCGUUAGCGAUGUCCCUUGUGAACCAUCGCCUUGUGGACCCAACUCUCAAUGUAGGGCUAUUGGCAACACUGCUGUCUGCUCCUGCCUUCCGAACUAUAUUGGGCGAGCUCCCAACUGCCGUCCAGAAUGUACUUCAAACUCUGAAUGCUCUGCCAUGCUUGCCUGUAUCAACGAAAAGUGCAAAGAUCCAUGCCCAGGAUCUUGUGGCUCGUAUGCCACAUGCGUCGUGCAAAAUCACCAACCUAGUUGCAAAUGUUACGAUGGUUACACCGGAGACCCGUAUUCAGCUUGCAUGCAACCGCCAAUUUACCGAGAGCCCGAAAACAUCGAUCCGUGCAAUCCUUCGCCAUGCGGAGUGAAUGCGGAAUGCAACAUGCGAAACAAUGCCGGUUCUUGCACUUGUUUGCCAGACUAUUUCGGUGAUCCCUAUCACGAAUGUAGGCCGGAGUGUGUUCUGAACACCGAUUGCCCCAAAACACGUUCUUGUUUGAACAACAAGUGCAAGGAUCCGUGCCCUGGAAUGUGUGGUCUAAACGCGGAAUGUUUCGUAUCCAAUCAUGCCCCGACGUGUUCGUGUAUUACCGGAUUCACGGGCAAUCCUUCGGUUGUAUGUCACGAAAUUCCCAAAUUGGCGGAUCCGAUGCCAGUAAAUCCAUGUAGACCAUCACCCUGCGGACCGUACAGUGAAUGUCGCGAAGUUAAUCAACAUGCGGUAUGUUCGUGCCAGAAAAAUUACAUCGGUACUCCUCCGGCAUGUCGUCCUGAAUGUACCGUAAGCUCCGAGUGUGCUCAAGAUAAGGCUUGCUUGAAUCAAAAAUGCGUCGAUCCAUGUCCUGGAACCUGUGGACUAAAUGCACGAUGCAAUGUCAUCAAUCACAACCCAAUCUGUAGUUGCCCCGUUGACUUUACCGGUGAUCCGUUCGUUCGCUGUCUGCCAGAAGAAAAGCCCCCGGAACCUAGAGAACCAGAAAAUCCAUGCCUCAACAAUCCGUGUGGUCCAAACUCACAGUGUCGCGCUGUCGGGUUCGUACCCGCCUGUUCGUGUCUGCCAAACUACGUCGGACGGGCUCCGAACUGUCGUCCGGAAUGUACAAUUAAUUCGGAAUGCCCGGGAAAUCUUGCCUGUAUCAACGAGAAAUGUCGCGAUCCGUGUCCGGGAUCUUGUGGCCCUAAUGCCGUCUGUAACGUGAUCAACCAUUCCCCCGUGUGCUCCUGUUCAUCCGGCUACACCGGUGAUCCCUUCUCUGGGUGUAUGGAUAUUCCUACUCCACCAAUACGAGACGAACCGAGGGAUCCUUGCAAUCCUUCGCCGUGUGGAUCGAAUGCGGUGUGUAAAGAACGUAAUGGUGCUGGUUCUUGUACAUGUUUACCGGAAUACUUUGGCGAUCCGUACAGUGGAUGCCGUCCGGAAUGUGUGACCAACAGCGACUGUCCACGUAACAAGGCUUGUGGUAAUAAUAAAUGUAAAGAUCCCUGUCCUGGUGUUUGUGGGCGCAAUGCCGAGUGUUACGUGGUCAAUCAUUCACCCAGUUGCGUAUGCAUUUCCGGAUAUACCGGGGAUCCACUGUCAGCUUGCCAUGAACCGAUCCCUCCGAAGCAAAACGAUCCAAUCAAUCCGUGCUCACCGUCCCCCUGCGGACCAAAUAGCUUGUGUCGUGAAAUCAACGGGCAUGCCGUUUGUUCUUGCCAAACUGGCUACAUUGGAACUCCGCCAAGUUGUCGACCGGAGUGUGUCGUCAGUUCCGAAUGUGCCAUGGAUAAGGCUUGCGUUCAGCAAAAAUGUCAAGAUCCCUGUCCAGGCACGUGUGGACAGAACGCACGCUGUCAGAUCGUCAAUCACAGCCCUAUCUGUAGCUGUUCUCCCGGCUUCACUGGGGAUCCUUUCCAUCGGUGUCUACCAGAAGAGAAAACUCCUGUGGUAUCUGAACCUAUUGAUCCAUGUGUGCCAUCCCCCUGCGGACGCAACUCGCAGUGUCGGGCCGUAGGCAAUACGCCUGCCUGUUCUUGCCUACCAAAUUACAUCGGCCGGGCACCCAACUGCCGACCGGAGUGUAUGAUCAAUGCAGAAUGCCCUGCAAAUCUGGCUUGUGUAAAUGAAAAAUGUAAAGAUCCUUGCGUAGGCUCAUGCGGUAUCAACGCAAUUUGCACUGUAAUUAAACACAGCCCUGUUUGCGAAUGCCAGACUGGAUUCACUGGUGAUCCGUUUUCAGUUUGUACAGAAUUCACUGUCUCACACGAACCAGAGCAGGUCAAUCCUUGUAAUCCGUCACCGUGUGGAGCCAACGCAGUCUGCAAAGAACGUAACGGUGCCGGAUCCUGUACAUGUCUUCCGGAUUACUUCGGUGAUCCUUACACCGGUUGCCGACCUGAAUGCGUUCAAAAUUCAGAUUGCGACAAAUUCCGAGCAUGUGCCAACAACAAGUGUAAGGAUCCCUGUCCUGGAGUUUGCGGUCUGAAUGCGGAAUGUCGAGUUCAGAACCAUAGUCCUAUCUGUCUAUGUUUAGAGGGAUACACUGGCAAUCCUUCAAGAGGUUGUGUUGCGGAAAUAGUAACUGAGAGACCUAAAGCGGAAGGAUGCUAUCCAUCUCCGUGCGGUCCAUACAGCCACUGCCGUGAAGUAAACGGACAUCCAGUGUGCUCCUGUCAGUCGGGUUACAUCGGAUCGCCACCUUCUUGUAGGCCGGAAUGUGUAGUCAGCUCGGAGUGUAACCAAGAUCGAGCUUGUGUGAACCAAAAAUGUACUGACCCUUGUCCAGGUACAUGCGGAACAGAGGCACGAUGCCAAGUUGUAAACCACAAUCCCAUAUGUAGCUGUCCGCCAGGAUUCACCGGAGAUGCGUUCGUUCGGUGUGUGAAGAAAGAAAUUCCAAAAGAUACACCGGAACCUCUUGAUCCAUGUUUACCUUCACCAUGUGGACCAAACGCUCAAUGCAGAGUUGUUGGAACGCAGGCUGCCUGCACUUGUCAACCAAACUACAUCGGCCGACCACCGAACUGUCGCCCGGAAUGCACGAUCGAUGCCGAAUGCCCCAGUGACCUGGUCUGUCAAAACGAACGGUGUAUUGAUCCAUGUCCGGGAGCCUGUGGGCACAAUGCAAUCUGCCAAGCGAUUAACCAUCGAGCUGUCUGCGUUUGCAACGAUGGUUUCGAUGGUAAUCCCUUGGUGCAGUGUGAUCGAACCCUACCACCGGUAACCGAAAGACUGACACCAUGUACGCCAUCGCCGUGUGGACCUAAUGCUGAAUGUAGAGAGCGAAACAAAGCCGGAGCUUGUUACUGUUUGCAGGGAUAUGAAGGAAACCCGUACGAUGUCUUCUCCGGCUGUCGACGAGAAUGUGACGUAAAUAGUGAUUGUACCGAGAAGCUGGCUUGUGUGAAUUACAAGUGCAUUGAUCCCUGCCCAGGAGUAUGUGGAAAUCAAGCACUGUGCGAAGUCGUCAACCACGUUCCGACGUGUGUCUGUCCAGAAGGAAUGAUAGGUGAUCCAUUCACUCGCUGUGAACUGCGACUGGAAGAAGAACCCCUUACGAAAUCACCUCCAGUGUGUGAUCAGAGUACAUGUGGUCCUAACAGUAUUUGUCGUAUCCAAAAUGGUGUCGCAGUUUGCAAGUGUCAACCGGAGAUGAUCGGAAGCCCACCAAACUGCCGGCCAGAAUGUUCACAAAGUUCAGACUGCGAUUCGCAGAAGGCGUGUGUUAACUAUAAGUGUAUCGAUCCAUGCCCAGGAUCGUGUGGAGUAAACGCCAAAUGUCAAGUUAUCAACCACAACCCGAUCUGUAGUUGCAGCGCCGGUUUCACAGGCGAUCCGUUCUCACGAUGCGACAAAGUAAUUAUCCCCGUCACGAAAGCACCGCCAACGCCCUGUAUGCCAUCACCUUGUGGACCGAACGCGGAAUGCAAGGUAGUCGGUAGUAAAGAAGCAUGUUCUUGCCUACCAAACUACAUAGGAUCGCCACCGAACUGUCGCCCCGAAUGUGUUCUCAGCACCGAAUGUGCACAAACCCAAGCCUGCAUUCGUCAAAAGUGUACUGACCCAUGCCCUGGAUCGUGCGGUCUGAAUGCCAAGUGUUCCGUAGUGAAUCAUACGCCCAGCUGUUCCUGCGAGCAAGGAUACACCGGCGAUCCGUUCACCGGCUGCCAACCGAUAGAGGCUGACUACCCCGUGUUGGUAUCGUCCCCAUGUGCUCCCAGUCCCUGCGGGGCCAACGCUGUCUGCCGGGAGCAGAACGGUGCCGGUUCAUGUACCUGUAUCGAGGAUCACUUCGGCAACCCGUACGAAGGUUGUCGUCCCGAGUGUAUCCUAAACUCCGACUGUCCCACCAACCGUGCCUGUGUUCGUAACAAAUGCCAGGACCCGUGCCCUGGAACCUGCGGUCAAAAUGCCGAAUGCCAAGUAGUCAAUCACCUGUCCUCGUGCACCUGUAUCGAUGGAUACGAGGGUGAUCCGUUCCGAUUCUGUGCCGCCAGGCAGAGAGAGCCUAUUCAACAAUAUGUCAAUCCCUGUCAACCGACCCCUUGUGGUUCCAAUAGCCAGUGUCGAGAAAUUAAUGGACAAGCUGUUUGCUCAUGUUUGCCUACAUAUAUCGGUACUCCACCGGGUUGCCGUCCAGAAUGUGUCAGUAGUUCGGAGUGCUCACUGGACAAGGCAUGUGUCAACCAGAAAUGUGUUGAUCCUUGCCCUGGAACCUGCGGAUCCAAUGCGCGAUGUAAUGUUAAUAAUCACAGCCCAAUCUGCUCUUGUCAGUCCGGAUACACGGGGGAUCCAUUCACACGAUGCUAUCCAAAUCCACCCCCACCUCAAGAUACUCAAAUUGUGGCACGCGAGCCAUGCGCUCCAUCGCCAUGUGGGCCAAAUGCCCAAUGUAGGAACAUUAACGGUGUGCCAUCUUGCUCUUGUCUAGUCAACUACAUUGGAUCACCGCCCAAUUGCAGACCGGAAUGUACAAUCAGUGCUGAAUGUCCCAGUAACCAAGCCUGUAUGAGCGAAAAAUGCAGAGAUCCUUGCCCAGGAUCAUGUGGUAUCGGAGCACAAUGCAAUGUUAUAAAUCACACACCCGUAUGCACGUGUGGAACAGGUUACACGGGAGAUCCAUUCACUAAUUGCUAUCCUGCGCCACCUCCACUGAGAGAACCAGUCAAUGACGAUCCGUGCAAUCCAUCACCUUGUGGGCCUAACGCGCAGUGUAACAAUGGGAUUUGCUCAUGUCUACCGGAAUACCAAGGUGACCCGUAUCAAGGUUGUAGACCAGAGUGCGUACUCAAUUCUGAUUGCCCUCGAGAUAGGGCUUGUAUUCGUAGUAAAUGCGUUGAUCCUUGUCCAGGAACCUGUGGACAAGAUGCGGUUUGUGAAGUCAUCAAUCACAUACCGAUGUGCAGUUGUCCAGCUGGUAGGGCUGGAAAUGCAUUCGUGCAAUGUAGACCACAACAGACACCAAUAGCAACAAAUCCGUGCAGUCCAACGCCUUGUGGACCAAAUAGUCAGUGUCGUGAAAUCAACGGGCAAGCCGUUUGCUCCUGUGUACCAGGAUUCAUUGGUAGUCCUCCCAUCUGUAGACCAGAAUGCGUCGUCAGCUCAGAGUGUCCACAAAACCAGGCAUGCAACAACCAGAAAUGUCGAGAUCCUUGUCCUGGAACUUGUGGCGUUGGAGCUCGUUGCACGGUAGUCAAUCAUAAUCCGAUUUGCAGUUGUCCUGAAAGGAACACUGGCAACCCGUUCAUCCGUUGUCAACCAAUAGUUGAACCUCCAGUUCAAAUGACUCCAACGAAUCCGUGUCAACCAUCUCCGUGUGGUUCAAAUGCCCAAUGCAGACCCGUUGGUGAGUCCCCAUCGUGUACUUGUUUAGAGAAUAUGAUAGGGUCCCCUCCCAACUGUAGACCCGAGUGUAUAAGCAACUCUGAAUGCCCUAGCAAUCGAGCAUGUAUUCGUCAGAAGUGCCAAGAUCCUUGUACGGGAGCGUGUGGUUCUAACGCUGAAUGCAGGGUUGUCAGCCAUACGCCAAUGUGCAUCUGUGCAGAGGGUUUCACUGGUGAUCCCUUUUCCCAGUGUGUACAAGUCCAACAUGACAUAUCAAGAGAACCAGUAUCCCCUUGCACACCUAGUCCAUGCGGAGCAAAUGCUAUCUGCCGAGAGAAAAAUGGUGCCGGUUCUUGUACUUGUAUCGAGGAUCACUUUGGCAAUCCAUAUGAAGGUUGUCGGCCGGAGUGUGUGCUCAAUUCAGACUGUCCCUCAAACCGAGCAUGCGUCAGAAAUAAGUGCCAAGAUCCAUGCCCUGGCACUUGUGGCCAAAAUGCUGAAUGUCAGGUUGUUAACCAUCUUCCGUCAUGCACAUGUUUCCCAGGUUACGAAGGAGAUCCAUUUAGAUUCUGCAGCGUACAACAACCUAUUCAAGAAUAUAUGAACCCGUGCCAACCCAGCCCAUGCGGUCCUAACAGUCAAUGUCGGGAAAUUAAUGGACAGGCAGUGUGCUCUUGUCUUCCCACAUACAUUGGAUCUCCUCCGGGAUGUAGGCCAGAAUGUGUCACGAGCUCAGAAUGUCCUUCGGACAGAGCCUGCGUCAACCAAAAGUGUGUAGACCCAUGCCCGGGAACAUGCGGCACUAAUGCUCGAUGUAACGUUAACAAUCACAGUCCCAUCUGCUCUUGUCAAUCGGGAUACACUGGAGAUCCAUUCACGCGAUGCUAUCAAAAUCCACCUCCUCCACAAGACACUCAAAUCAUUACCCGAGAUCCAUGCGCUCCUUCGCCAUGCGGUCCCAAUUCUCAGUGUAGAAACAUAAACGGUGUACCCUCCUGCUCAUGUUUAACCAACUAUCUCGGGUCUCCACCCAAUUGUAGACCAGAAUGUUCGAUAAACGCAGAAUGUCCAAGUAAUCAAGCUUGUAUGAAUGAAAAAUGUCGAGAUCCAUGUCCGGGAUCGUGCGGUAUUGGGGCCCGAUGCAACGUGAUCAAUCACACCCCAAUUUGUACUUGCGAACCUGGUUACACCGGUGACCCCUUUACGAAUUGCUAUCCUGAGCCACUUCCACCGAGAGAACCGGUCAACGAUGAUCCAUGCAAUCCGUCACCUUGUGGGUCAAAUGCGCAAUGUAGUAAUGGCAUUUGCUCGUGCCUACCGGAAUACCAAGGAGAUCCGUAUCAAGGUUGCAGACCAGAGUGCGUAUUGAAUUCUGAUUGUCCACGAGAUAAGGCCUGUAUUAGAAGUAAAUGUGUCGAUCCUUGCCCUGGAACAUGCGGACAGGACGCGAUAUGUGAAGUUAUCAACCACAUACCAAUGUGCAGCUGUUCUGCGGGUAGACAAGGAAACGCAUUUGUACAAUGCAGACCCCAGCAAUCCCCGACGGUCACGAAUCCAUGCAACCCAACUCCAUGCGGACCUAAUAGUCAGUGUCGUGAAAUCAAUGGACAGGCAGUAUGCUCUUGUGUACCAGGGUUCAUCGGAAGCCCCCCUACGUGUAGACCAGAGUGUGUGGUUAGCUCGGAGUGUCCUCAAAACCAAGCCUGUAAUAAUCAAAAAUGCCAGGAUCCAUGUCCUGGAACAUGCGGGAUCGGAGCUAGAUGCUCGGUCGUAAAUCAUAACCCAAUAUGUAGCUGCCCGGAACGUUAUACUGGUGAUCCUUUCUCACGUUGCCAACCCAUAAUCGAAGCACCUGUUCAAAUGACCCCAUCUAACCCCUGCCAACCCUCGCCUUGUGGGCCUAAUGCCAUUUGUCGACCAGUGGGCGAUUCUCCCUCAUGCACUUGCAUUGAAAAUAUGGUUGGGGCACCUCCGAACUGCCGACCAGAAUGCGUCAGUAAUUCAGAGUGUGCAAGUAAUCAGGCGUGUAUCAGACAGAAAUGUCAAAACCCUUGUACCGGAGCUUGUGGAACAAAUGCUGAAUGCCGAGUCGUUAGUCACACUCCAAUGUGCAUUUGUUCUAUCGGAUUCACCGGUGAUCCAUUCAGUCAGUGUAUUCCUGUACAACAAGAUGUCCCAAGAGAACCGUCUUCACCUUGCAGUCCAAGUCCGUGUGGAGCCAACGCCAUCUGUAGGGAACAAAACGGUGCUGGUUCCUGUACUUGUAUGGAAGAUCAUUUCGGAAAUCCGUACGAGGGAUGUCGACCAGAGUGUGUUCUAAACUCAGACUGUCCUUCGAAUCGCGCAUGUGUGCGGAACAAAUGCCAAGAUCCAUGUCCAGGAACGUGUGGACAGAAUGCAGAUUGUCAAGUCGUCAAUCAUUUGCCAACGUGCACAUGCAUUGCGGGAUACGACGGUGAUCCAUUCCGAUUCUGCAGCGUGCAACAAAGAGAACCAAUUCAAGAAUACGUAAAUCCUUGCCAACCCAGCCCAUGUGGCCCUAACAGUCAGUGUCGAGAGAUCAAUGGCCAAGCUGUGUGCUCAUGCCUUCCAACAUAUAUCGGAUCACCUCCAAGUUGUCGUCCUGAAUGUGUCACUAGUUCAGAAUGUUCUUUGGACAGGGCCUGCAUUAACCAAAAAUGUGUCGAUCCAUGCCCGGGUACAUGCGGCACCAAUGCUCGGUGUAACGUUAAAAAUCACAGUCCCAUCUGCUCUUGUCAAUCGGGAUACACUGGAGAUCCAUUCACACGAUGCUAUCCAAAUCCACCUCCUCCACAAGACACUCAAAUCAUUACCCGAGAUCCAUGCGUUCCUUCGCCAUGUGGUCCCAAUUCUCAGUGUAGAAACAUCAACGGUGUACCGUCCUGCUCAUGUCUAACCAACUACCUCGGAUCUCCACCCAAUUGUAGACCAGAAUGUUCGAUAAACGCAGAAUGUCCAAGUAAUCAAGCCUGUAUGAAUGAAAAAUGCCGAGAUCCUUGUCCAGGAUCGUGUGGUAUUGGGGCACGAUGCAGUGUUAUCAAUCAUACACCAAUUUGUACUUGCGAGCCCGGUUACACUGGUGACCCCUUUACGAAUUGUUAUCCUGAGCCACUUCCACCGAGAGAACCGGUCAAAGAUGAUCCAUGCAAUCCGUCACCUUGUGGACCAAACGCGCAAUGCAGUAAUGGAAUAUGCUCGUGCCUACCGGAAUACCAAGGAGAUCCGUAUCAAGGUUGUAGACCAGAGUGCGUGUUGAAUUCCGAUUGUCCACGAGAUAAGGCCUGCAUUAGAAGUAAAUGUGUCGAUCCUUGCCCUGGAACAUGCGGACAGGACGCGAUAUGCGAAGUUAUUAAUCACAUCCCAAUGUGCAGUUGUCCUACUGGUAGGCAAGGAAACGCAUUUGUACAAUGUAGACCUCAACAAACUCCUAUGGAGACAAAUCCAUGCAACCCUACUCCAUGCGGACCUAAUAGUCAGUGUCGUGAAAUCAAUGGACAGGCAGUAUGCUCUUGUGUACCAGGAUUCAUUGGAAGUCCCCCUACUUGUAGACCAGAGUGUGUUGUUAGCUCAGAGUGCCCUCAGAAUCAAGCCUGUAACAAUCAAAAGUGUAGAGAUCCUUGUUCUGGAACAUGCGGCAUCGGAGCUAGAUGCUCGGUCGUAAAUCAUAACCCAAUCUGCAGCUGUCCGGAACGAUAUACUGGUGAUCCUUUCUCACGUUGCCAAGCCAUUAUCGAAACACCUGUUCAAAUGACCCCAUCUAACCCUUGCCAACCCUCGCCUUGCGGUCCUAAUGCCAUUUGUAGACCAGUUGGUAAUUCUCCCUCGUGCACUUGCAUUGAAGAUAUGGUGGGAGCACCUCCGAACUGUCGACCAGAAUGCAUCACAAAUUCAGAGUGUGCAAGUAAUCAGGCGUGUAUCAGACAAAAAUGUCAAAACCCUUGUACCGGAGCUUGUGGAACAAACGCUGAAUGCCGAGUCGUUAGUCACACUCCAAUGUGCAUUUGCUCUAUCGGAUUCACCGGUGAUCCAUUCAGUCAAUGUACACCUGUACAACAAGAUGUCCCAAGAGAACCAUCUUCACCUUGCAGUCCAAGUCCUUGUGGAGCCAACGCCAUCUGUAGGGAACAAAACGGUGCCGGUUCCUGUACUUGUAUGGAAGAUCAUCUCGGAAACCCGUACGAGGGAUGUCGACCAGAGUGUGUUCUAAACUCAGACUGUCCUUCGAAUCGCGCCUGUGUACGAAACAAAUGCCAAGAUCCAUGUCCAGGAACGUGUGGACAGAAUGCGGAUUGUCAAGUCGUCAAUCAUUUGCCAACGUGCACAUGUAUUGCGGGGUACGAUGGUGACCCAUUCCGCUUCUGUACCGUGCAACAAAGAGAACCGAUUCAAGAAUACGUAAAUCCUUGCCAACCCAGCCCUUGUGGUCCUAACAGCCAGUGUCGAGAGAUCAAUGGCCAAGCUGUGUGCUCAUGCCUUCCAACAUAUAUCGGAUCACCUCCUAGUUGUCGUCCUGAAUGUGUCACUAGUUCAGAAUGUUCUUUGGACAGGGCCUGCAUCAAUCAAAAAUGUGUCGAUCCAUGCCCGGGUACAUGCGGGACCAAUGCUCGGUGUAACGUUAAAAAUCACAGUCCCAUCUGCUCUUGUCAAUCGGGAUACACUGGAGAUCCAUUCACUCGAUGCUAUCCAAAUCCACCUCCUCCACAAGACACUCAAAUCAUUACCCGAGAUCCAUGCGUUCCUUCACCAUGCGGUCCCAAUUCCCAGUGUAGAAACAUAAACGGUGUACCCUCCUGCUCAUGUUUAACCAACUACCUCGGAUCUCCACCCAAUUGUAGACCAGAAUGUUCGAUAAACGCGGAAUGUCCAAGUAAUCAAGCCUGUAUGAAUGAAAAAUGCCGAGAUCCGUGUCCAGGAUCAUGCGGUAUUGGGGCACGAUGCAGCGUGAUCAAUCACACCCCAAUUUGUACUUGCGAGCCCGGUUACACUGGAGAUCCAUUUACAAAUUGCUAUCCUGAGCCACUUCCACCGAGAGAACCGGUCAAUGAUGAUCCAUGCAAUCCGUCACCUUGUGGACCAAACGCGCAAUGUAGUAAUGGAAUAUGCUCGUGCCUACCGGAAUACCAAGGAGAUCCGUAUCAAGGUUGUAGACCAGAGUGCGUGUUGAAUUCCGAUUGUCCACGAGAUAAGGCCUGCAUCAGAAGUAAAUGUGUCGAUCCUUGCCCUGGAACAUGUGGACAGGACGCGAUAUGUGAAGUUAUUAACCACAUACCAAUGUGCAGCUGUCCUGCGGGUAGACAAGGAAACGCAUUUGUACAAUGUAGACCUCAGCAAACCCCGACUGUGACGAAUCCAUGCAACCCAACUCCAUGCGGACCUAAUAGUCAGUGUCGUGAAAUCAAUGGACAGGCAGUAUGCUCUUGUGUACCAGGGUUCAUUGGAAGUCCCCCUACUUGUAGACCAGAGUGUGUGGUUAGCUCAGAGUGCCCCCAGAAUCAAGCCUGUAACAAUCAAAAGUGUAGAGAUCCUUGUCCUGGAACAUGCGGCAUCGGAGCUAGAUGCUCGGUCGUGAAUCAUAACCCAAUCUGCAGCUGCCCGGAACGAUAUACUGGUGAUCCUUUCUCACGUUGCCAAGCCAUUAUCGAAACACCUGUUCAAAUGACCCCAUCUAACCCUUGCCAACCCUCACCGUGUGGUCCUAAUGCCAUUUGUCGACCAGUGGGCGAUUAUCCCUCAUGCACUUGCAUUGAAGAUAUGGUUGGAGCACCUCCGAACUGCCGACCAGAAUGCGUCAGUAACUCAGAGUGUGCAAGUAAUCAGGCGUGUAUCAGACAGAAAUGUCAAAACCCUUGUACCGGAGCUUGUGGAACAAACGCUGAAUGCCGAGUCGUUAGUCACACUCCAAUGUGCAUUUGUUCUGUCGGAUUCACCGGUGAUCCAUUCAGUCAGUGUACACCUGUACAACAAGAUGUUCCAAGAGAACCAUCUUCACCUUGCAGUCCAAGCCCGUGUGGAGCCAACGCUAUCUGUAGGGAACAAAAUGGUGCCGGUUCCUGUACUUGUAUGGAAGAUCAUCUCGGAAAUCCGUACGAGGGAUGUCGACCAGAGUGUGUUCUGAAUUCAGACUGUCCUUCGAAUCGCGCAUGUAUACGAAACAAAUGCCAAGAUCCAUGUCCAGGAACGUGUGGACAGAAUGCAGAUUGUCAAGUCGUCAAUCAUUUGCCAACGUGCACGUGUAUUGCGGGAUACGACGGUGAUCCAUUCCGAUUCUGCAGCGUGCAACAAAGAGAACCAAUUCAAGAAUACGUAAAUCCUUGUCAACCCAGCCCAUGUGGCCCUAACAGUCAGUGUCGAGAGAUCAAUGGCCAAGCUGUGUGCUCAUGCCUUCCAACAUAUAUCGGAUCACCUCCAAGUUGUCGUCCUGAAUGUGUCACUAGUUCAGAAUGUUCUUUGGACAGGGCCUGCAUUAACCAAAAAUGUGUCGAUCCAUGCCCGGGUACAUGCGGCACCAAUGCUCGGUGUAACGUUAAAAAUCACAGUCCCAUCUGCUCUUGUCAAUCGGGAUACACUGGAGAUCCAUUCACACGAUGCUAUCCAAAUCCACCUCCUCCACAAGACACUCAAAUCAUUACCCGAGAUCCAUGCGUUCCUUCGCCAUGCGGUCCCAAUUCUCAGUGUAGAAACAUCAACGGUGUACCGUCCUGCUCAUGUCUAACCAACUACCUAGGAUCUCCACCCAAUUGUAGACCAGAAUGUUCGAUAAACGCAGAAUGUCCAAGUAAUCAAGCCUGUAUGAAUGAAAAAUGCCGAGAUCCGUGUCCAGGAUCGUGUGGUAUUGGGGCACGAUGCAGUGUUAUCAAUCAUACACCAAUUUGUACUUGCGAGCCCGGUUACACUGGAGACCCCUUUACAAAUUGCUAUCCUGAGCCACUUCCGCCGAGAGAACCUGUCAAUGAUGAUCCAUGCAAUCCGUCACCUUGUGGACCAAAUACGCAAUGUAGUAAUGGAAUAUGCUCGUGCCUACCGGAAUACCAAGGAGAUCCGUAUCAAGGUUGUAGACCAGAGUGCGUGUUAAAUUCCGAUUGUCCACGAGAUAAGGCCUGCAUCAGAAGUAAAUGUGUCGAUCCUUGCCCUGGAACAUGUGGACAGGACGCGAUAUGUGAAGUUAUUAACCACAUACCAAUGUGCAGCUGUCCUGCCGGUAGACAAGGAAACGCAUUUGUACAAUGUAGACCUCAGCAAACCCCGACUGUGACGAAUCCAUGCAACCCUACUCCAUGCGGACCUAAUAGUCAGUGUCGUGAAAUCAAUGGACAGGCAGUAUGCUCUUGUGUACCAGGGUUCAUUGGAAGUCCCCCUACUUGUAGACCAGAGUGUGUGGUUAGCUCGGAGUGUCCUCAGAAUCAAGCCUGUAACAAUCAAAAGUGUAGAGAUCCUUGUCCUGGAACAUGCGGCAUCGGAGCUAGAUGCUCGGUUGUGAAUCACAACCCAAUAUGUAGCUGCCCGGAACAAUAUACUGGUGAUCCUUUCUCACGUUGCCAACCCAUUAUCGAAACACCUGUUCAAAUGACCCCAUCUAACCCUUGCCAACCCUCACCUUGUGGUCCUAAUGCCAUUUGUCGACCAGUGGGAGAUUCUCCCUCAUGCACUUGCAUUGAAGAUAUGGUUGGAGCACCUCCGAACUGCCGACCAGAAUGCGUCAGUAAUUCAGAGUGUGCAAGUAAUCAGGCGUGUAUCAGACAGAAAUGUCAAAACCCUUGCACCGGAGCUUGUGGAACAAAUGCUGAAUGCCGAGUCGUUAGUCACACUCCAAUGUGCAUUUGUUCUGUCGGAUUUACCGGUGAUCCAUUCAGUCAGUGCACACCUGUACAACAAGAUAUUCCAAGAGAUCCAUCUUCACCUUGCAGUCCAAGCCCGUGUGGAGCCAACGCCAUCUGUAGGGAACAAAAUGGUGCCGGUUCCUGCACUUGUAUAGAAGAUCAUCUCGGAAAUCCGUACGAGGGAUGUCGACCAGAGUGUGUUCUAAACUCAGACUGCCCUUCGAAUCGCGCAUGUAUACGAAACAAAUGCCAAGAUCCAUGUCCAGGAACGUGUGGACAGAAUGCAGAUUGUCAAGUCGUCAAUCAUUUGCCAACGUGCACAUGUAUUGUGGGAUACGACGGUGAUCCAUUCCGAUUCUGCAACGUGCAACAAAGAGAACCCAUUCAAGAAUAUGUGAAUCCCUGUCAACCCAGCCCUUGUGGUCCUAACAGUCAGUGUCGAGAGAUCAAUGGCCAAGCAGUGUGCUCAUGUCUUCCCACGUACAUCGGAUCACCUCCUAGUUGUCGUCCUGAAUGUGUCACUAGUUCAGAAUGCUCCUUGGACAGAGCCUGCAUCAAUCAAAAAUGUGUCGAUCCAUGUCCGGGUACAUGCGGAACUAAUGCUCGAUGUAACAUUAAAAAUCACAGUCCCAUCUGCUCUUGCCAAUCGGGAUACACAGGAGAUCCCUUCACUCGAUGCUAUCCAAAUCCACCUCCCCCACAAGACACUCAAAUCAUUGCCCAAGAUCCAUGCGUUCCUUCACCAUGCGGUCCCAAUUCUCAAUGUAGAAACAUAAACGGUGUACCCUCCUGCUCAUGUUUAACCAACUACCUCGGAUCUCCACCCAAUUGUAGACCGGAAUGUUCGAUAAACGCGGAAUGUCCAAGUAAUCAAGCCUGUAUGAAUGAAAAAUGCCGAGAUCCGUGUCCAGGAUCGUGUGGUAUUGGGGCACGAUGCAGUGUGAUCAAUCAUACACCAAUUUGCACUUGCGAGCCCGGUUACACUGGAGACCCCUUUACGAAUUGCUAUCCUGAGCCACUUCCACCGAGAGAACCGGUCAAUGAUGAUCCAUGCAAUCCGUCACCUUGUGGACCAAACGCGCAAUGUAGUAAUGGAAUUUGUUCGUGUCUCCCGGAAUACCAAGGAGAUCCGUAUCAAGGUUGUAGACCAGAGUGCGUGCUGAAUUCUGAUUGUCCACGAGAUAAGGCAUGUAUUAGAAGUAAAUGUGUCGAUCCUUGCCCUGGAACAUGCGGACAGGACGCGAUAUGUGAAGUUAUUAAUCACAUACCAAUGUGUAGUUGUCCUGCUGGUAGAGCUGGAAAUGCAUUCGUGCAAUGUAGACCUCAGCAAACCCCGACUGUGACGAAUCCAUGCAACCCUACUCCAUGCGGACCUAAUAGUCAGUGUCGUGAAAUCAAUGGACAGGCAGUAUGCUCUUGUGUACCAGGGUUCAUUGGAAGUCCACCUACUUGUAGACCAGAGUGUGUGGUUAGCUCGGAGUGCCCUCAAAGUCAAGCCUGUAAUAAUCAAAAGUGUAGAGAUCCUUGUCCUGGAACAUGCGGCAUCGGAGCUAGAUGCUCGGUUGUGAAUCACAACCCAAUAUGUAGCUGCCCGGAACGUUAUACUGGCGAUCCUUUCACACGUUGCCAACCCAUUAUUGAAACACCUGUUCAAAUGACCCCAUCUAACCCUUGCCAACCCUCACCUUGUGGUCCUAAUGCCAUUUGUCGACCAGUGGGCGAUUCUCCCUCAUGCACUUGCAUUGAAGAUAUGGUUGGAGCACCUCCGAACUGCCGACCAGAAUGCAUCAGUAAUUCAGAGUGUGCAAGUAAUCAGGCGUGUAUCAGACAAAAAUGUCAAAACCCUUGUACCGGAGCUUGUGGAACAAAUGCUGAAUGCCGAGUCGUUAGUCACACUCCAAUGUGCAUUUGUUCUGUCGGAUUUACCGGUGAUCCAUUCAGUCAGUGUAUGCCUGUGCAACAAGACGUUCCAAGAGAACCAUCUUCACCUUGCAAUCCAAGUCCGUGUGGAGCUAACGCCAUCUGUAGAGAACAAAAUGGUGCCGGUUCAUGCACUUGUAUGGAAGAUCAUCUCGGAAACCCGUACGAGGGAUGUCGACCAGAAUGUGUUCUGAAUUCAGACUGUCCUUCGAAUCGCGCUUGUGUACGAAAUAAAUGCCAAGAUCCAUGUCCAGGAACGUGUGGACAGAAUGCAGAUUGUCAAGUCGUCAAUCAUUUGCCAACGUGCACGUGUAUUGCAGGAUACGACGGAGAUCCAUUCCGCUUCUGUUCCUUGCAACAAAGAGAACCCAUUCACGAAUACGUAAAUCCCUGUCAACCCAGCCCUUGUGGUCCAAACAGUCAGUGUCGAGAGAUCAAUGGCCAAGCAGUGUGCUCAUGUCUUCCAACAUACAUCGGAUCACCUCCUAGUUGUCGUCCUGAAUGUGUCACUAGUUCAGAAUGCUCUUUGGACAGAGCCUGCAUCAAUCAAAAAUGUGUCGAUCCAUGUCCGGGUACAUGCGGAACUAAUGCUCGAUGUAACAUUAAAAAUCAUAGUCCCAUCUGCUCUUGCCAAUCGGGAUACACAGGAGAUCCCUUCACUCGAUGCUAUCCAAAUCCACCUCCCCCACAAGACACUCAAAUCAUUACCCGAGAUCCAUGCGUUCCUUUACCAUGCGGUCCCAAUUCUCAGUGUAGAAACAUCAACGGUGUACCCUCCUGCUCGUGUCUAUCGAACUACCUCGGAUCUCCACCCAAUUGUAGACCAGAAUGUUCGAUAAAUGCAGAAUGUCCAAGUAAUCAAGCUUGUAUGAAUGAAAAAUGCCGAGAUCCGUGUCCAGGAUCGUGUGGUAUUGGGGCACGAUGCAGUGUGAUCAAUCAUACACCAAUUUGUACUUGCGAGCCCGGUUACACUGGAGAUCCCUUUUCGAAUUGCUAUCCUGAGCCACCUCCGCCGCGAGAACCGGUCAAUGAUGAUCCAUGCAAUCCGUCACCUUGUGGACCAAACGCGCAAUGUAGUAAUGGAAUUUGUUCGUGUCUACCGGAAUACCAAGGAGAUCCAUAUCAAGGUUGUAGACCAGAGUGCGUGCUGAAUUCUGAUUGUCCACGAGAUAAGGCCUGUAUUAGAAGCAAAUGUGUCGAUCCUUGCCCUGGAACCUGCGGACAGGACGCGAUAUGCGAAGUUAUUAACCACAUACCAAUGUGCAGCUGUCCUGCUGGUAGACAAGGAAACGCAUUUGUACAAUGUAGACCUCAACAAACUCCUAUGGAGACAAAUCCAUGCAACCCUACUCCAUGCGGACCUAAUAGUCAGUGUCGUGAAAUCAAUGGACAGGCGGUAUGCUCAUGUGUACCAGGGUUCAUCGGAAGCCCACCUACUUGUAGACCAGAGUGUGUUGUUAGCUCAGAGUGCCCCCAAAAUCAAGCCUGUAACAAUCAAAAGUGUAGAGAUCCAUGUCCUGGUACAUGCGGCAUCGGAGCUAGGUGCUCGGUCAUGAAUCAUAACCCAAUCUGCAGCUGCCCAGAACGUUAUACUGGCGAUCCUUUCUCACGUUGUCAAUCUAUAAUCGAAACACCUGUUCAAAUGACUCCACUCAAUCCUUGCCAGCCCUCACCGUGUGGUCCUAAUGCAGUUUGUCGUCCAAUUGGUGAUUCUCCCUCGUGCACGUGUAUAGAUACUAUGAUUGGAGCACCUCCGAAUUGCCGACCAGAAUGCGUCAGUAAUUCAGAGUGUGCAAGUAAUCGUGCAUGUAUCAGACAAAAAUGCCAAGAUCCUUGCACUGGUGCAUGUGGAUCAAAUGCUGAGUGCCGAGUCGUUAGUCACACUCCAAUGUGUAUAUGCUCCGUCGGAUUCACUGGUGAUCCAUUUAGUCAGUGUACACCUGUACAACAAGAUGUUCCAAGGGAACCAUCAUCUCCAUGCACGCCAAGUCCCUGUGGAGCCAACGCCAUCUGUAGGGAACAAAAUGGAGCGGGAUCCUGUACUUGCAUGGAAGAUCACCUCGGAAACCCGUACGAGGGAUGUCGACCAGAAUGUGUUCUGAACUCCGAUUGUCCUUCUAACCGCGCAUGUAUACGAAACAAAUGCCAAGAUCCAUGUCCAGGAACGUGUGGACAGAACGCAAAUUGCGAAGUCGUUAAUCAUUUGCCAUCUUGUACGUGCUUUGAAAGAUAUGAGGGAGAUCCGUUCCGAUUCUGUAGCCUGCAACAAAAAGAACCCAUCAACGAAUUCGUGAAUCCUUGCCAACCAAGCCCAUGCGGUUCGAACAGUCAAUGUCGGGAGAUCAAUGGUCAAGCUGUGUGUUCAUGUCUUCCGACAUACAUCGGAUCCCCUCCAGGAUGUCGACCUGAAUGUGUCACUAGUUCGGAGUGUUCUUUAGAUAAAGCGUGUGACAAUCAGAAAUGUAUCGAUCCGUGUCCAGGAACCUGCGGAACCAAUGCACAUUGUAACGUUAAAAACCAUAGCCCCAUCUGUUCCUGUCAAUCUGGAUACACUGGAGAUCCAUUCACUCGGUGUUAUCCUAACCAACCUCCCACACAAGACACUCAAAUCAUUGCCCGAGAUCCUUGCAUUCCUUCGCCAUGCGGCCCCAAUUCCCAGUGUCGAAAUACCAACGGAAUUCCUUCGUGCUCAUGUCUAGUCAACUAUAUAGGAAUGCCUCCCAACUGUAGACCAGAAUGUUCAAUCAAUGCUGAGUGUCCCAGUAACCAGGCAUGUAUGAAUGAGAGAUGCCGUGAUCCGUGCCCAGGAUCAUGUGGUAUUGGUGCCAGAUGUAACGUGAUCAAUCACACACCGAUUUGUACUUGCGAACCCGGUUACACUGGAGAUCCAUUUACAAAUUGUUACCCCGAAUCGCCUCCACCGAAAGCACCAGUCAACGAUGAUCCAUGCAAUCCAUCGCCUUGUGGACCGAACGCUCAGUGUAGCAAUGGUGUCUGCUCCUGUCUACUAGAAUACCAAGGAGAUCCAUAUCAAGGAUGUAGACCAGAAUGCGUACUCAAUUCUGAUUGCUCUCGAGAUAAAGCUUGUAUUCGGAGUAAAUGCGUUGAUCCCUGUCCUGGAACCUGUGGACAGGAAGCGAUAUGCGAAGUUAUUAAUCACAUACCCAUGUGCAGUUGUCCAAAUGGAAUGACAGGUAACGCAUUCAUAAUAUGCAGGCCGCAGCAGACACCAGUGGAAACGAAUCCAUGUAAUCCAUCACCAUGCGGACCGAACAGUCAAUGUCGUGAAAUCAAUGCGCAGGCGGUAUGCUCUUGUGUACCAGGGUUCAUCGGGAGUCCCCCAACUUGUAGACCAGAAUGUGUCACCAGCUCGGAAUGCCCGCAGAAACAGGCUUGUAACAAUCAAAAAUGUAGAGAUCCCUGCCUAGGAACAUGUGGCGUGGGCGCUUUAUGUUCAGUCGUGAAUCAUAAUCCCAUUUGUGUCUGUCCAGAACGCUACACUGGUGAUCCAUUCGUCCGUUGUCAGCUCAUCAUCACACAACCUAUUCAAAUGAACCCGGUUAACCCAUGCCAACCUUCUCCCUGUGGACCUAAUGCUCAAUGUCGACCUGUGAAUGAUUCACCAUCGUGUACUUGUGUAGAUGGCAUGACUGGUGCACCCCCGAAUUGUCGUCCGGAAUGUAUCAGUAAUUCAGAUUGCACAAAUAGCCUUGCAUGUAUUCAUCAGAAAUGUCAAAACCCUUGCAUUGGCGCCUGUGGCACCAAUGCCGAAUGUAGAGUGGUCAGUCACACUCCCAUGUGCAUUUGCUCUACCGGAUUCACAGGCGAUCCAUUCACACAAUGCUCCAUAGCGCAACAAGAUAUAGAAAGAGAACCAAUUUCACCGUGUACUCCAAGUCCAUGCGGAGCAAAUGCUGUUUGUAAACAGCAAAACGGCGCCGGAUCCUGCUCAUGCGUAGAGGAUCACUUCGGUAAUCCUUACGAAGGUUGCCGACCAGAAUGUGUUUUGAACUCGGAUUGUCCAUCAAACCGGGCAUGUACUCGCAACAAAUGUCAAGAUCCGUGCCCCGGAACAUGUGGACAAAAUGCGGAAUGCCAAGUCGUUAAUCACUUGCCGUCAUGCACUUGCUCCACCGGUUAUGAAGGCGAUCCGUUCCGAUUUUGCAAUAUUCAACAGAGAGAACCGGAGCCGAUCUACAAAAAUCCAUGCCAACCUACUCCUUGCGGUCCUAACAGUCAAUGUCGUGAGAUCAAUGGCCAAGCUGUUUGUUCAUGCCUUCCCACGUAUAUUGGGUCGCCUCCUGGAUGUCGUCCUGAAUGUGUUUCAAGUUCAGAAUGUUCGUUGGAUAAAGCGUGUGUCAAUCAGAAAUGUGUCGAUCCAUGCCCAGGAACAUGCGGUACCAAUGCUCGAUGUAACGUUAAAAGUCAUAGUCCCAUCUGCUCUUGUCAAUCGGGAUACACUGGAGAUCCAUUCACACGAUGCUAUCCAAAUCCACCUCCCCCACAAGACACUCAAAUCAUUACCCGAGAUCCAUGCGCUCCUUCGCCUUGUGGUCCCAAUUCUCAGUGUAGAAACUUCAACGGUGCACCCUCCUGUUCGUGUCUAACCAACUACCUCGGAUCUCCACCCAAUUGUAGACCAGAAUGUUCGAUAAACGCAGAAUGUCCAAGUAAUCAAGCUUGUAUGAAUGAAAAAUGCCGAGAUCCUUGUCCGGGAUCGUGCGGUAUUGGGGCACGAUGCAGUGUGAUCAAUCAUACACCAAUUUGUACUUGCGAGCCCGGUUACACUGGAGAUCCAUUUACAAAUUGUUAUCCUGAGCCGCUUCCACCGAGAGAACCGGUCAAUGAUGAUCCGUGCAAUCCGUCACCUUGUGGACCAAAUGCGCAAUGUAGUAAUGGAAUCUGCUCGUGCCUACCGGAAUACCAAGGAGAUCCGUAUCAAGGUUGUAGACCAGAGUGCGUACUGAAUUCUGAUUGUCCACGAGAUAAGGCCUGUAUUAGAAGUAAAUGUGUCGAUCCUUGCCCUGGAACCUGCGGACAGGACGCGAUAUGCGAAGUUAUUAACCACAUACCAAUGUGCAGCUGUCCUGCUGGUAGACAAGGAAACGCAUUUGUACAAUGUAGACCUCAACAAACUCCUAUGGAGACAAAUCCAUGCAACCCUACUCCAUGCGGACCUAAUAGUCAGUGUCGUGAAAUCAAUGGACAGGCAGUAUGCUCUUGUGUACCAGGGUUCAUCGGAAGCCCACCUACGUGUAGACCAGAAUGUGUGGUUAGCUCGGAGUGUCCUCAAAAUCAAGCCUGUAAUAAUCAAAAAUGCCGGGAUCCAUGUCCUGGAACAUGCGGCAUCGCAGCUAGAUGCUCGGUCGUGAAUCAUAACCCUAUCUGCAGCUGUCCGGAACGUUAUACUGGUGAUCCUUUUUCACGUUGCCAACCCAUAAUCGAAACACCUGUUCAAAUGACCCCAUCCAAUCCCUGCCAACCCUCGCCUUGUGGUCCCAAUGCAAUUUGUCGGCCAGUGGGUGAUUCUCCCUCGUGCACUUGCAUUGAAAAUAUGGUUGGAGCGCCUCCGAACUGUCGACCAGAAUGCGUCAGUAAUUCAGAGUGCGCUAGUAAUCGGGCAUGUAUCAGACAGAAAUGCCAAGAUCCCUGUACCGGUGCGUGCGGAACAAAUGCUGAGUGCCGAGUCGUUAGUCACACGCCAAUGUGCAUCUGCUCCGUCGGUUUCACCGGUGAUCCGUUUAGUCAGUGCGUACCAGUGCAACAAGAUGUUCCAAGGGAACCAUCAUCUCCGUGCAUGCCAAGUCCGUGUGGGUCCAACGCCAUCUGUAGAGAACAAAAUGGUGCCGGUUCCUGUACCUGUAUGGAAGACCAUUUGGGAAACCCGUACGAGGGAUGUCGACCAGAGUGUGUUCUGAACUCAGACUGCCCUUCGAAUCGCGCCUGUGUGCGGAACAAAUGCCAAGAUCCAUGUCCAGGAACGUGUGGACAGAAUGCGGAUUGUCAAGUCGUCAAUCAUUUACCAACGUGCACGUGUAUUGCGGGCUACAACGGAGAUCCAUUCCGAUUCUGCAAUGUGCAGCAAAACGAACGUAAGGAUUAA